AUGUACACUGCUCUCGAACCCAUUAAUGAUCAACCGAAAUCAUCACAGCAUUCAUCUGACCCUAAGAACCCAAUUUAUCUGCGAGAAUUCGGGAUGAAGAGCGGAAUUGGAGUGUCUAAUGAAAAGCAGUUACUCGUUGAACCGGUCAGCCAGUCCGACAAUGUAUAUUCAGACACACCUACAACUGAAGUCAUCCCAAUGCACAAUCACUCUUCUGGGACCAAUCAGGUGACGUCUGCGCCCGAUGACCCUGGGGACGUCGACAAGGUUGCAGUGGGUGUGGCUGAGGUGAGCGCGAGGGGAAAGAAGACGCCGAUUGAAAAAACGCAGCGACACGCGUUUGCAGAGGGUUCAGUGGGCGGACCGAAGUCACUGACUUCAAGAGAACUGGACUCAGUUCUUUUUAACACAGUAGACAGCGAAAUGGGCGAGUCAACUGGCAUUCGAGUCCGCAGGCCGAAGAGGCGCUGGAGGCUGACGCGGUGCGAGGGUGUCCUCCUGACAAUUAUUGGCCUUCUCGUUGCCAUUCUCCUUCUUUUGCUAUUUUCGGCCUUCAGAAAACCACCAACAGGUGAGUUCACCGCUGCCCUAUUGUUAAGUUAUUCGCAUUCAAUUCAACAGCGUAAAUGUAGACAACCCUAUAUUAUCCGUAUUAGUUGUGGAUUGUGCAGACCAAAUUAGUAAACCAAUUUAGAAAAUACUAAUGAAGAAACCGGGUACUAUGAAGUGCUUUUACCUACCUUUAUCUGAGCAAGCUGAUUGGGGAAUUUACGUCAAAUUCAUGUUUAUUUCGUGUCACCUUAGACUGGAGGUUUUCUCGUGAGCUCAGACGUUCCUGUUCUUAUUUCCAAAAUUAUACCCUCAAACUUCGCGUUUAGUAAACAGGGUAGACAACGUCAGUUUUUCUUAACUUCUCGCCCUACUGUUUGGGGAAGUAUUGGCUGUUUUGUGAAGAGUGGUUUAGGUAGGAGUGGGAAGACUAUUGGUGUCAAAAUAGUUGUCAGUCUUUACAAGUAGUGCAUUUUCCACCAUAAGAAAAAGUUUCACUAUAUUUGAUUCAUAGAUGAAAAAUGUAUAUUUUUAGAGUUCCAGAUAUGCGCUGGUCUCACAAGUCCUAGACUGUAACAUCCUUUUUCCACUACUCACUAUGCUUCUUGUUCCAGUCCAGGAAAGUUUCCGUGUAAGGGAAACCAUACACUCCUAUGGGCUAUUAAGAAUACGUCAUAUACUCUUUAUAAGAUUACACGGUGGAUGUGGAUCAUAUUGUAUAAUUUAUAAGUCGCAUAAAUAAAUUGACAGUUACGGUGCCUUAUGAAUGGACAGCCCACGGUCUUAAAAAAUCCCAUAAUUAAAGGCCUAUUUUAAAGCAGAAAUAUAUCCUCACUAUAAGUAAAAAAAUUUGAAGACUUGCUACGAAAUGAGCCCGAGUAGGAAUAUUUUUGUGAGCGUUUGCAAUUGUAUAUGCUUGAAUUUGUAAGAUCAUCGAUAAUAAGCGGCCAAAACUCAUGCGAUUUAUGCAGUCAUUUUUUACAAAGUGCAUUUGUUGCAGGCGGUCGGAAAAACUGCUUUCAAAAACCGGCACCCUGACAUGACUGAAAUAUCUCGGGAUUUUGUAGCACAAGAAUGAAUCUUACAGCCUUAUUUAACUAAUCUUUUCGAAUCAAAAACAUUUCGGGAUUUUGACUAACACUUUAUAAGAUAGCACAUAUGUUAUAUUAAUAAAACCGACACCCCUGAUGCAUAAAUAACUUGAGGAUCUCGCCGCUCUGAUGCUAUUUGUAGUGUGUUCGCACCUUGUUGCAAAAGUUUAAAUUUGUAGUCGGGCCUAAUAAUUAAUCUGCGUAUGUGCCAUACUAUCAUUUUUGGCCAUCGAACUAGUUUCACUGAUAUCAUAGAUUUUGAAAUCUGCUAAAAAUCACUUCUAUUAACAAAGCUGUCCCCUAGUCUUUUUGGCUUAUAACUAUUGGGAGCAAGUGACGGCGAGGAAUCCUGGUUAUCUAAGCUGCGACAAAUUAACUGUUUUAAGAAGGCCAUUUACUGAAUAAAAAUCAACCGGUGGUGCAAUGAACGCCAUCAUUGUUAAAGUGAAGCACGAAAGGACUCCUAAAUAUGGACGGACAUAGCUCGGUGAUGUAUGAAUUUAUCUUUAAAACAUAUGCAAAUAAUUUCCUCCCACAAUUUUAACGGUAAUCCCGCAGAACUACAUCGAAGAGGAUAUCAACGGUCUUUAGGUAGCGACCAUAUUGCACUCGGACAAACAAAUGACCGUUUGACACGCGAAUAUGUUAGUACCUCCCGUUCUACGAGUGGCCUUUUGCUAAAUUUUCCGGAGAGGGGUUACUUAUCCCCGUGUCCUAACUACGGCCCUAACGCAAGCAGUCCUAACGCCAAUCCUCCUGGAAUUAUGUACAAGAUAACUUGUAAUAGGGGAGGUUACUUACGAUCGUGUCCUGCUCAAGUUACAGAGAUAAAUUUGAAGUCGUUAUUCACACAUCACUUUAAGUGGGUGUAAUUAUUUGGGUAUAUAUAAAUAAAUCAGAGUGGUUAGUGCAGCUUAGUCUCACGCUCUGCCGCUUCAUGUGCGGGAACUUCAGCAACUCAAAAAGAAAUGCUGUGGAAUAAGUUCUCGAAAAGAAUUAUUAACCUAGUCACGCUUGUUGAUCUUGUAGGUCUUUUAAAGGUUAUUUUAGGGUUCACUUGUGCGGUGAUAUUUCUGCCAGGCAGCCAGAAUAUAAGCAGUUAAAACUUGGCUGCAUACUUAUUUGCUAUAGAAGAAUUUUAGUAAAUAAGAAAGUUUGUAACGAAAUCCAUAUCUCCGUCUUCUUGACACAUCGAAUGGCCUUGGAAGAAUAAGGAAUCAUAAGUGUUCCCCUUUACCCGAAGCUUUUAGUAUCCGGGUAGCUUCAGGGCAUAUUCUCAUUUUAUUCCCUCAGAAUGUUCAGGCAUGCAAACAUGGAAAUAAAUUCAUUUGUUGGUUGACACCAUGCAAAAUCUCCACCAGCUUCAUCUUGCUUGUUAGUAACUAAACAUAGUUAUUUGCUCCUCCUAAUUGGUGAGCUAGCCACAACUUUGCAUCAACUCCCCUCAGAGAAAUCAUAGCACUUUGAUAGUUUCCCAUAUGAUUUAAUUCUGAGCCUGCCAUCGUAAUUCUGGUUUAAAGGCUUACUAGGCGGUCCGAAGACGUAAAUGAUGCCCUUUAGUUGACCCCCUACGCUUGGAACCUUGCGCGCGUUCGAACAUAGCUAAUUAGACCUGAUGCUUGACUGGGCAUUUAAAAUGUUUUAACAAAUGCAAUUGGGAAUAUUUCUUAAGCCUGCAAUUUUAGUCACUUGUCGAAAUUUAAUUAACGACCGUCUGAUGGCAUUUUCUGUGCGUGUGUUUGUGUGGCAACGGUGGUACAGAUGACAGCACACUCUUCAUCCCCCACGGACUGAUGUACGGUCUGUUUGGCGAAAUAGGGAUGCAUGUGUGGCAGUCCCCUUACAUCGGCGAGAUUUCUCUACAAAGGACGUAAUAAGUUGCAACCUUGAAAUUACUCUCCCAGUCCACUGUUGGCUCAUUGUUGCACCUGACAGUCACACCUCCGGAGGUCUGACACGGCUGUGACAAACACCGGGGGGAAGUGAACGAAAAAUCUGACAUAUCUGACAUGUAUCCCUGGCAUCAAUGAGAGCAGGGUGUAUUGUGUGUCUGUAACUCAGGUAAUCAAAGUGCGCACACCCUCUAAACGCAGUCCUUUCCUGUCGUUUUGGAUAUAUACCGCCAAAAAUUCCUGCUCUUUCCAGAAGGUCGCAGCACUCUGAUAGUUAGUUUCACAUGUGGGUUAGUUCUGAACCUGCCAUCUUAACUCGGGUAUACGGGCUUAGUAGGUGGUCCCAAGACCUACAUUUGGCAUCAGUUUUUAUUAUAAAGAAAAAACAGACCAUUGAAAAACCCACUUAUAGGCGUAUCCAUCGUAGCUCUCCUCACUGGUUCUGAUAUUUCUAUCUAUUCAACUGUAGCAAAAACUGCACAUGUAACUGUCUUGCUUCUGGACUAGUUAACUGAUUUUGUAUCUUAGAUUUCUGUGACAAAAGCUAUCAGUAGCCUAAGAAACAUGUUGUGAGGAUAAUUUUCAAAUGAAAAACAAAAGAACUGGGACGGGCAUUCUGACAAGUUGUUCAUUCCCCUAGCUUCGAUCAAAUCACGGUUUACUGUAUGCUUACGCAUUAAAUAUUUAAAGUUUACAAGUCCACUAAAUCCAGUGUUUAUUUGUUACUUGAAUAUGUGUUGUCUAAACUUCUACUGAGAUUGCCUACCUCUCCUCAACAGAAAAUAAUGCGUUCGAAAGGACAUACAGGGCGAUGCAAAUUACGUGAAGAGUGGAAUAUAUAUGGUGAAGGGUCGAAAGCAUUUCGUCAGAUGCGUGCGUAACUUAAGAGACGUGAAUAAGCCGGAAAGAAGUGCCGUACCAAAUCCUCAAUAGGUCUUGUCCGUUUUCCUGUGCUAAUUAUAAAGCGAGGAUUAAACCAGAGUGGGCUACGUUAUCAAGCGAGGUUUAAGAUAGAAAACUAGACAUUGAGACCAUAUUAGUGAGAAAAUAAAAUAUACUUCGACGACAUCUCACGAAGAAUGUGACUUUGGGCUUCCUUCAAAGGUUAUUUCAUCUCCCGUUGCCGAGUGUUUUUGCUUUUUCCCGCAGGUCUCGGUUAAAUGACCUAAAUAAGUAAACUGUCAAUGGCCGAUUUACACUAAUUACAAUAACAUUUCAUGUUGUAUUUUGGACCUACAUAUUUGAGUUUCGACAGAUUUCUACUUAUGUAUUUUUCUAGAGGAGUUUGUCUUUUCGGAAUGCGAGAAAUGCUUGUUCACUUAACAGUUUACUGCUGACUGGCGGUCCAUAACAUACCAAUUUCUAUGGUGGAUUUGGGACCACUGCCAUGCAUAGGAGACAGCACCAAGAAUUCAGGAACCAUCUCAUGCACUCACUUUCAGACGCCUGUUUUGAAGUAGUGACUCAAAUGUUUGAAGGCCUAAGUUGUUUCUCCCGAACCACGUUAAUCUCUCUUCCGUCUAAUAAUAAUCUUCCACACUAACUUCCUUUAUCCUCCUCUUCCCAAUCCCCAGGCUAGGAAAGACGUCAGCAACUUCUUCGCUCAUCACGAUCCCAGCGCAAAUCUAAUCAUCCUCACGUCAUUUCGCUGACAGACUGACAGUUUGCGACCAGCUUCUGUCAUUCCUAGGCUCAUUUGUAUUUCUCAGGAGUUCGGUUCUGUAAAGCGAACAUCCACUGAAGGGGCCGUGGAAGGGUGUUUAUUGUUCAGAACACCAACGUAGGCGGCGUGUAAAACGGUGAUAAAAACAACAAAUAGGUGCCGUGCAGUGUUUUCUUGACUAGGGCCAUCACUUUCAGAAUCAGUACGUUUGCAGGUGUGGGGGGAUGAUAGAGAGUACUUUAUGAUCACUCAUCCUGGUAAUAUUGCCAUAAUUUCGAAACUCAAGUUAGAAUUUCGUUUAAUUAUUCCUGAAUUUGCGUAUACCACAGAAGGAUCUGUAAAAUAACUAUGCAUAGUGAGCACAGAAAUCCGUGAUCCACCGACUAACGUUAACAUAUGCAUUCAAAUAUAAACAUUACUCAGUUGAGGCUGUACAAGUGAUUGGCACAUGACGUCACUGAAGAUAAUUAGUUCACUCUAGGAUGCUGAUCUUUCGCUGGCCAUCAUUCUGGCUACUUGCCUUAUAUUAGACGAGACAAGAUCACUAUCCAAGCAGUUGGUUUUCCUGGUGUCCAGAAAACUUAAGUACAUUUUUGGAGGACUUCCAAAAUAUAAUAUCUUUGAUUACUUAGAAGAAUGAACUUCAAAGGUUUCAUUUGAACGAUGGGUGUCCUUCGUCUUCAGAAUGUCUGCCACUUAUAAAGGUUUUAAAUCACAAACCCUGGUGUUAAUUGCAUCCGAGGUCUCCAAACUACACUCAUUAUACACUUUCAAAGGUAUAGAAUGUAUCUCAUCAGAUCACUUUAAAAAUGUCCCUCAAAGGUCAUUGAAUGCUGCAAAAGGAUUGAAUAAAAUGAUGUUUCAAAGGCAGCUUCAACAAACAUGGAACUUCUAGACCACAUGAAUAUAUGAGAUUCCAAAAAGUUACCACAUUUGCUGAAUUUUUAAAGCAGAGAGCCGUCAAUCUCUCUGAUAUUAACUUUCAGGAAGACGUAAUUUCCAGCAGAAUGAGUGCAAGAAAUUGAACUGUGACGCAGACUUCUUCGGGAAAUCCGAUGGGAUUGAUGUAGGUUUCGAACAUAAAUGGAAAGAUGUGCAUUGCCUAAGUACUGACUUUGUCGUAAGUUUUGUUUAUGUAAGUGACCUGGAAUAUGGUUAACCAAAGGUUAACAUCCAGCAGUGUCUCGAUCCAAAGACUUACAGUGCGUGACUGAUCUGAUGAAAUGUUGGCCGAAAUUAUGAAAUGCGUUUUCAAUUAGGAAGGAUUACUUAGGUGGGGCUGUAAUACUGCUUAUCAAACGACAUAAUCCCAUAGUAUUUCAGACUCGCCAGGAUGUCGGCUUUUGAAUGCACGUCUUUUCGACCUCCUAUAGAAGCUACACUUGGUAAAAAAUGACCACUUAUUUAGCAUGCAUUGUUCACAUUGAUAUCUGAUGUUCUUAUAAGUUUAAAUAUUUUUAAUGGAAAACAUGCACAAAAAUAUACUUUUCUCUACUUGUUUGGUUGAAAAUAGCCUUGCCUUUACAUUUUAUGCCGAAGAAAGCGUAUAUUUAGGUUCUAAAAAGUUUCCCAAUUCCCCAAUAAUGUUGGGCCAGAUCAGCCGUUGUAUUACCAUUAAGCGAUUCCAUUCUGCAAGGUGUAUGCUUUCCGCAUAAGAAAAAUCGUCUAGUCCUCCAUGCCUUUGUGAAGAUGCAAUGUUGAGUCAAUAAAAUUUCGCAAUGGAUGUGGCCUAUGUCGUACGUUUCACUAGGAGCAUUGGUAAACGAAGAUGCGCGACGUUGUAUGCAUGGACAUCGCGCGGUCUUAAAAAACUCCUAAUUAUAAACUUUUUUAAACCUAAAUAUACGCUUUCGUCGGGUAUAGAAUGUAAAGAAAAUGUUACUUUUACCAAACAAGUCAAGUAACACUUCCUUUCUAGCCGUUGUACUGUCUAAUUUUUACUGUGCAAAUCAUUGGUCAAGUUUUAAAUUUUUGAGGAUAAUCAAAGUUCAGUGCUUACAUUGAGAGAUCACGUCAGUAAAAACACGAAAGACCAUUUAAUAAAACAGUAUCCUCCCUAAAUUGCGGCGAAUGUUCGAGUUCCAGGUGUACGUAUAAGUGAAGAAGACGGGUAGAGAGCAAGAACAGCCUGUUUAUUGAUAAGAGGUGGAGGCGAUCGCUGGAACAAGAGUUUCAUUCGCCUGACAUCUCGGAUUCACGCUCGAUUCCAUCAUGAGAGACGGUAACAGAAAUCCGUAUCUGUCACUGUCUCUGAUGAUAGGCUCGAGCGAGACUACGAAACUUCAGGCGAAUAAAGCUCUUGUUCGAACGAUUGCUUCUACUUCUUAUCAACUAGUUUCUGGAACUCGCAUCUUAGCUCGUAUCGGCAGUCUGUUUAUUGUUCUGAGCAUUAUAGCUCGUGCAGGAGUCCAUCUCAGGUAUAGUAGCAACAACAGAACAAGUGAGACUUAUAGGGGGCGCUGACCUGUCACCGAUCGAUGACAUAAGACUAGAGGUGACUGCGCAGGGCUCUGUACGCCGGCGCCAGAUCGAUUAAUUAAUUGACUAAGUCCUCAUCCGAGACACAGACUUCAAUCACUUCUCGGCCUGUUUCGUUUCCGGCGUGGACGAUUAUCUUAAUGACCGCGAAGUUAAACUCACGACCCACUUCGUAGGUGUGAGCAGCCACCAGCGACAAUCUGUCGCUCCGCUGCAUACCCGGCUUAUGUUUGUGUAUGCGCGAUUUGAGUAUGUGUCCAGUCUGGAAUGGGAUGCGAUACACUACUCCAGAUUGCUCCCGGGGAUCUAACCCAUGCUCGGGACCAUAAACAAACUGUUCUGCUGCUCGACCGGAAUCCUUUAUGUAGGGAUGUCAACACACAUUUCCAAAAUACCGAUAAGGUCUAAUACCUUCUCUGAAAAAGACGUGGGACUGAUUUUUCGAAACCGCUAAACACAUAUGCUUGUCUCAGCACAAGCUCAUAUGUUCAAUGUUUGGGACUGUACCUUGGUCACCUAUUUAAGUUAUUCGAGUAAACCAGCAGACCUUCAGAUCUGAGCUCUGGUCUUACCAAUCAGGCAAAUGAAAGAAAAAGGGGAAAAAACAUGUAUUGUUCUUUCGUCCUUCCUGAAGUUCUAGUAAGUCCGAACUCAACGAUGAAUUAAGUGGUAACUCGGGCGGCGAUGCGGUUUUUCGCGUAGCAAACAUUUUUAUCUCGCUGGUCGAGCAUAUGGUGAUGUAGAUGAACGCAAGAGUAGUGUUCUUCAGUCCCUCGGAUAGGGGCUGGGGAGAGACUGAAGCCGCGGUUUCCCAUCCCCUAUAAGUACGUAGAUCUUGAUAACGUCUGUCUUUGAAAUGAAACGGCGCUGGCCGCAGCGGCGGCAGCAGCUGAAUAUCAGAGGAGCACCUCGCGCAGGCUGCUGCUCCCUCAGUAGUGUUCCUACGGUUUUUUUUCCUCCGGAAUUAUGUAAGCCCAUUGUUAGUUCGUAAAUCCGGCAGUUCAACUAGAUAAUACAUGGAAUUAUGCAGAAACAAGAAACUUGCGCAAGUGUUUGCAAUCUAUAACAUAACUGCUUGAAAAUAAAUCCGGCAAUGACCUAUGUUAGCAUACAGUAUAUGGGCUAACUCAUGAAAUGUCAACCAAAAUUCCAAAAUGCGCUUUCGUUUCGAAAAUAUUAAUUAGGUAGAGUUGCAAGAUCACUCAUCAUGCAGCAUAGUCCUGUAAUAAUUCAGCUGCCUCAGCAUGCCGGCUUUUGAACGAACUUCUUUCCGAAUGCAUGCAAAAAUUAUACUCUGUGAAAAAAUGAAUACUUAUGUAGCAUGCAUUUUUCUCAUUGAUUUUCGAUGCCCUUAAAAAUUCCAUUAAAUUUCAUGGAAAACAAGCAUAAAAAUAUUCACUCUUUUGCUCAUUCGGUAUAAAAUGACGUCUUCUUCCACUUUUAUACUCGAGGAAAGGGUAUAAUUCGGUUUUCGAGAACUUUUCCAAUUCCCGAAUAAUUUUGAACCCCGAACUGCCGUUACGCUUACAUUCAAGGUUUCCAAACUACAAGCUGUAUAUUUUCCGCGUGCGGAAAACCAUACACUUCUCUACGGCAUUAAGAGGAGACCAUAUGGGGUUCAUCAAAUCUAGCAGUGGAUUUAGGCCAUAUUGUUAAAUUUGUUAAGCCACAUACGUAAAUGCAGAGACAUGAUUUUUAUGAACGGCUACUUCACGGUUUUAAAAAGUCUCAUAAUAAGAAACUUUUUAAAACCAAAUUAUAACCUUCCUUCAAGUGUGACCUUUUAAGAAGCCCUAAUUUUCUACCGAAUGAGUAAGAAAAUGAAUAUUUUUAUGGCUGCUCCCCAUAAUAUAUAGUUACAUUGUUGAGGACAUCGAAAAUCAAUGAUAAAAAUGUAUGUGACAUAAGCAGUCAUUUUCUACAGAGUACAGUUUUUCCAUACAAUCGGAAAGAAGUUCGUUCGGAAGCCGGCAUCCUGCGGUAGAUGAAUUGUUAUAAAAGUAUGCUGCAUGAUGAUGAGUUUUACAACUCUACUUAAUUAGUCUUUUCGAAACGAAAACGCAUUUCAAAAUUUCGGUCGACAUUUCAUGAGUUAGCUCAUCUACUGUACAUUUGUUGGUCGAAGGUCUUGUAACGAGACGCAUCUUCAGCAGCUUUGUCACUGGUCGAAGAAUUGCAAUACGGUCAAGGGGCACUAAGUUAUCCCCACUUUUAAAUCACAGGGAACAUGAAUUUGCCUUCAGACAUACCUUCGUCUUUCGGCACUCGGCAGAUUUCACACGACGAAUAAUGUUGGGUUAGAAGUUGAAGUAAAGACACGAGGCUUUUGAUUUACAGCCGACCACAAUAAACUAAUGACAGGCUUAGACAGUUCCGUCUCGAUCAGAUUUCUAGAUAUUUCACGGUGGCAGAAGUUCGCAGAUUAGGCACCCCUAGAGAAUAAUUUAUGCUGCUGACAAAGUUAACUGCGCACACACAUCAGGUCAUACUUUUUAAACGCGAACCCUCCUGAGAGUACCAAUUGAUUUGAAAAAUCAGCGACAAUUUGACUGGCUAACAACUGCCUUCCGUUUCCUAGUUGCCUCAGUCUAAAGCACUUGUUUUCUUGACACAGUAAAUUUGAAUUGCUCUACGACUUCAGUCAAAGUCUUGGAGUUUAUUCCUUUUGUUUGUUGUGGCAAGACUAUCAAUCCAAUUGAUCGGAUGCAUUUUUCAGUAGAACAGUUGCCUUACCCGUAAUCCUUUCGCAGUGUAGAUGUUUUUUUAACACCGCGGAAGUCAUAAAAACCCGAGAAUUAAUUUCAUUUCUACAAGAAGAUGCUAAAAGGGGACGGUUUUGCUGUAGACGUCUCAUUGUUUCCCUCUGUUGGUCCAUUUCUUGCAUUUAUCCGAGUCCCAUCUGAGCGACAGUUUAUUUAUUAGAAAUUCUCAACUGCCUCAUGUGAUAGUGACGUUUGUUGAUCUGAAGUCAAUACAGGACGUAAUACGGGGUUCCAUUCUGUUUUUGACUUCGUCUUAAGACCCUCGCUGCUGAUCGUCCUUAAUUACUUCCGAGUAAUAAGUACUCAUAAGACAUUACCAGCAGAAAUGAGGAUCCAGUCAAGGCGGAAUGCCCAGAUUCCGGCUUAGCUGAAAUUGCCGUGAAUGUGCAAAAGCGCGAAUUUGCUGAAAUCGACCACAAAUUUGCUAUAUUCCAGCCUCACGAUCAUAUAAGACAAAUGGUUUUUGAUGAUUGUGAUUCCUGUCAUACCAGGAGUUUUGUGUAAGAUCGGUUAACGACACUCCCAUUUGAACUUAGAUAUUCUUGAUCGCAGCUGACAGAGCUUGAACCCAUAUCAGUGUUACCAGAACAUUAAGUCGAAUGACCGUUUGGGUCGGGUUCAGGCCUUGAGUCCAUCCCACCCCAGGCAACGGCGGAUAAGCCAACACGGUCCGCUCAGUUUCCUAUUUUCUGUCAGUUGUUCCUCUGCUUUAUUGUAUCUUACGUCAACUGAAAGCAUUAACCUAAAAAGUUUUGUUACAGCCCUACCAAGUAAAAUCUCAUUACAAACUCAUAUACGCAUUUCGCUGAUGCAUUUGCUGCUUUAUCACGCAACCGCAAGGAGUUCGGCUUCUCUUCAUCCCUCCCCCUGCGUCCUCUAUGCUAUUUAGCGGAAGCAUGCUAAAAACACGAUCAUGUCACAGUAGCACACUAACAGUACCAUUCGUUCAUACAAUCAGCAUUACGAGUGAUGUCGCUAGUUGAGACAAAAGUGCAGCCUUAAUUCAAAAAACUGCCAGAAUUAAUGUAAAACAAGCAUAAAACAUCAUAGGGUGUUGUCUUAAUAGUGCGGACAACUGCUUGUGGCCUUCUUGUUUCCUUCAGGCAGCACGCCAACGCCUUUUCGACAUCAACCAAGUUAGCUUCUUCAUUGCCAUUAAGAGUGUGUCGACGUGACCACAGGGCGCACAAAAUGGUUAAAAACAUUGUAUCUUCUGGCCCAAUCAAUCUUAAAUACUAUCAAUGACAACCUAGUCGGAAACGGACGGAAAUACGCAAGAAAUUUGAAGCUAGAUCCUCGUUUAGAUGCUUGAAGAUUUUUCCCUCAAUGGAACGGGAAAGUCUAAUCCUGUAGCAUAAGGCAUGUCUUUGGUCCGUGGUAGCAUUGUUUUUUCCAAUAGUAUUCACCUCUACUUGGGAUUUUUGCUAUAAGGGUGCAUGAGCAGCUUACAUCUUCUGUGCCGCCUAGUACUCUUCUCCGCACGCGUACCGCCCAUUCAUACUUUUAAGUGAGGUGGUCGGUCGCCAGUGUAAAACGAUGCUGUCGGACACGAUCGUAAGACCCGAUUCUGACGUGGCCAGAAAUUUUGCUGUUCGAAGAAGCCAGAGCGGGAGCCUGUCGCUCAGCAGACACAACGAGAAGCAGAGGGAUCGGCUUUACCUGAGUUUAGAUUUCCCGUCUUCCGAACCGAGGGUUGAGGCGACAGCAGGUGGGGUUUGAAAAAUAAGCCGAGAAUGACCAUUGCAAGCUUUCUUAUACUAGCCUAUAUUAUACUGCUCAUCACCAUUCGGGAACCAUACACUGAAACUCAGAAUCAAAAUACGGCGCUGGUGUGCUAUAUUCACACCAGCUAGCAAGAACAACCACUGUCUGGUUUUUCCCUUUUACCUAUGUCGUGUUGCCUUUAUCGGUGUUUUAUCAAAUUAACUUUACAACUGGGACCUUGCCAUCCCUCAAGGGUACCUUUUAAUCUAAAAAAGUCAAGUUUGUCCGCAAACGUGGCGGUGCGUAUUGUUGUGUUUAGAAUACCGAAAUCGGUACGCAUGCUGUUUACACAUUUGACGGAACCGUCUUAACACACCCGGGAACUGCCAAAUUGUAUUGAUGGUCUCAAACUGAUUCCAGGCUUCUUACUAACCUUUUGGGACUUUGAUAAGGUGCGCAGCCGCCAUUCUAACUACCUCAAUUCAUUGAGACACUUUACUUGAAGUUAUGCGGGUAACAAUCGGGAGAUGGCACCCAAAAAAAUCCGCCUAAUCAAAGCAGCCUGUCUUACGGAACAGGUGGUAACAGGGGUUUUAUGGGUGAUGGCUGGUGGGGAUGUACGAUACAAGCUGACAGAAAGCCUUAUUUGAACAGGUGAAUGAUCGAAGUUGGCCCGCUUUCCGUUCCGUUAUUACAAAAUGGGUCGCCAAAGGCAGUAUAGUAGUAACGGAGGAGUGGAAGGCGUAUAAUCGUCUUCCCUCAGAAGGUUAUCUACAUUUCUCUGUUAACCACUCAAAGAACUUCAAGGACUCAACCACCGGACGGCACACCAAUGCCAUUGAGGCAUACUGGAGUAGACUGAAAAGGAAACUCCACGAGGGAAACCCUGUAUAUUGUCAAGCUGUGUGGGCUCACAUAGACGAAGUACAGUAUCGUCUUUGGUUUGGUUUCAGUGCCAUGUCUUUAACAGAUGCCUGGGAACUGUUCCUGUCCCAUGUUGUGCAGAUUUAUCCUAUUUAAAAGUGACUUUGUUUUGUAAUCAACUGCCAUAAUGCGAAUGUAUGCCGCAUAUUCAGGUGUAUGUGUGUAACGAUGGGGAAGGUUGGGUAAUAGCGACCAUCGUCCAUGCAACCUCCUGCGAUGUUCGUUCGGUUAGCCCACGUUAGGCCGUCGAGGAAAGUCCAAGUAUUGCGUGAAAGUAGGCCUGCAACCGCUGAUAUAGCCUGAAGGCGUUUGAGACCACUGUUAGAGGUAUUAUUUCUAGGUAACGGAUUUUUUUGGGUGCCAUCUCCCGAUUGUUACCGUUAUGCGUUUAAACAAUGUUUUUGGCGUUGCUUGCUUUGAAAUUUCAUCGUAGUAGUAACUCCUAGUAUAACUGCUUUCGACAUAGGUAGUUCCAUUAGGCAUCAUCAAAAAAAGGUUUAUAAUAGGAUCUCAUUAUUGCAACAGCGAUAAACGGGCAACAUGGUAACAAAGGACUAAAGUACUAAAGUAGGGCACUUUCCUUUCUGGAGAUUUCGGGUUUUGUAAACCACAGGGAAUACUCAUUCACAAGUCGGUAAUUUUUUGCCUUGGGACAAGUCGGACCAUAGGCCUUUUGCAUUUAAUUUGACUGUUACGCAAUUUGAGCCUCUAGAGCGACGCUACUUGCGACACUGAGCGACUCAUCAUACUGACAGCAUAAGUGCCAGUUAAAAGCCUUUUAGUAAAAAAUCCCCUCAUUGAAAUAAAUCAUUCUAGGCUUCCAUUUAUUCAGUUUUAUGGCACUAACACUGUCAAAUCGCAGUCCCGCAGAAGGGUCAGCGAUGACACGCAUCUGUCAUAUACCCACGCGGGUUAUCCUCUACCAGAUCUUUUUUGAUGACAUUAGAACAAUAGUCAGCGUCCAAUUCUUCGCUUACAUGUAUCCUAAUAGAAAAGCAUCCCUAUUAGUUCUAACCGGGGAAAAACGUUUGAUGACAUCCUCGUUACGAUUUCGACGUAAGAGAGGGAAGAAGAACAGUCCUUUCAGUUUUGUAAAAGUUCUUGUUUAGUUUCAAUCCCAUAACAGUUAUUAACAGGCAUUUAUUAAUGAACAGUAUUAGUAAGCCACUUUCAGAGUAGGGAGACUGCGAAGGAUUCGUGGGAUACAAUAUGUGAAAAACGCUUUUUGCUCUAUCCCGAUUAGAGAAUAAAAGAGUUCAGGGGGUCAGCAGCGUUUGGCCCAAAUGUCCAGUGAAAUACUGCAUCCAGCUUAAAACCUCGCAUGCACCAGCACUGGGAUCUGAAAACCCAUUGACUGGUGACGGAAAAUAUGUCCGAACUGGCCAUCUCGCGGCCGCCACUUUGAACUGCAACCAAAAUAAUAUGGAAUUGUUGCGGCUUAUGUGCAUAAAUCACGCUAUCGAGAUUCAACUGAUGCAAGAUGGUUUCGACUGUCUAAACAAAUUCUGCGACCUAAAGUGCUUUAGCGAAUCCUGGCACAGGGUGACUUCUGCCUACCUUACGGACUGCAGAGAUUAGAUUCCGAAAUUUUGUAAAAUCGCAUUAGAACUACCUUUUUACUGAUAUAAGAGGAACCCAUUGAAAAUAAAUGAUGUUUGGAUUGUCUUGGUUAUCGAAAGCGAGCAAGAAAAAGUUUCUGCAAACACCCAUUUUCUAAUGUAGGUCAGUAAAUGAUGAACACACGUACACUGAGACACGUCCAGACCUUAUGUUCGUGAAAGACCUAUUUCACGCCAGAAUAAUGUCAGAAAGAACGAUCCUAGCGUUUUCAGAAAGCGCGCGGUUGGUAAAUUGGUUUAGGAAGCUAUUAGAACCCUCACCAUGCAUGAUUGGGAAUAUAGGUUAAGGCUAAGGAGUUCUGGCGAGGAAAGCGUAUCCCGGAAAACUGAUCUACGCUCAGGGUGGUCACUAAGGCCAACCUCUAAAUGCUGUGAGACGGCCGCUGGAUACAUUCGUUCGGAAAAGUAAAUGCACAAAAAAUACAUUACAAGACCACUGUUAAGUAGCUUAUACAGUGCGGGAUUAACCGAGGAAGCACAUGAGCUAAGAGCUAAUUAAGUGAGAUACGAUGGCGGAACUAAUCAAAGCGGAUGUUAUCACUUGGUGCCAGGGAUUGUAAGGAGGAAAGUUGAUGAGUGAUAAGUCAAUUCUACGGAGGAGUAUACGUAGGAAUUUUUGUACUUACUCCACAGAGACAGUUGUAGACCGGACUGAUAUAGAUAAAAAUGGGUCGGGGACCGGGGAUCAUGGUGCCGAGGCCGUUUCAUUACGAACUUGUCCGCGAGUCCAAGGAUAAAUGACAUUUGUAUAUAAAUCCCAUGCGUUUAAAGAACCCAUUUCCACCUGAAUUUUCAUAACAGACCUGAACACGGCCUUACUCGAAUCGUCUGGCAAGACUAAGGCCGUUGCUGCAAUUGAAAUGGCGGCUAUUGCUAUGGCAAUUAGUGUGAUGACGAAUGACUUUGAGCUGUUAUAUCACCCAGCCAGUCACGUUCUUGUGUAAAUCCCCACUUUUGAUGUCGAGUCUGAGUACGAAAUUUAAAAACCAGGCUAGUAAGCAAUAUGCAUCAAGGACUCUAACUUCUUCACAUAAAUUAACUAAGGUAUAUUAACUCUCAUUCCUAAGUUUUAUCCUUCUGUUAUUCUUAAAUGAUAACCUCUUCCGCUAUAUACUUCCGUACUCCCUACUUAAAGCGGAAGUCUGCCAGACGGUGGAGUGCAUAGCAACAUCCCAGAAGAUACUCAGUGGCAUGAACUUUAGCGUGGAUCCCUGCAACGACUUCUAUAGUUAUGCCUGCGGCAACUGGAUCGAGAACCAUCACAUUCCCCCGGGGACGAACAGCUGGACAGUCUUCUCAGAGCUUGCACAAACGGCAGAAUUCUUUGCAAAAGAACUCUUGGGUAAUUUCUUUGCGAAUCUAGUUUUUUCAUAUAUUCCCUUCACAAGUUGCGGCAAGGAUUCACUCCACAAGCUUAUUGUUUACGCAGCCCAGCAUGCGAAGCUUUCUAGGUUGCGCGAACAACCACAUCAAUAAGUGCGUUGUAUUACAUUACCGCGAAGUCUUCCGUUGUAGUAUAUUCGCUGUUAAAUUCAAGCUUACAACGACUUCAACUGUGAACAUUUGACAGACAUACCCUGAAUGGGAUUUAAUUAUCGAUUCUCCGGAUUCGGAAUGGUGUGCAUGGGAAAGUAUUUUAUAUUCAUCAUAAUAUACAAGACUCUUGUAAGCAUGUACGUAUUGCUUUGUUACGAGAAAUCGUGCAACGUUAACUGGGGAAUAGUUAGUCCAACAUACGCACGCCGCAACAAGUUGUGUGGAUUCCUGCCAGAUGUUUCCUUGAGUAAGGCCACCGUUUCCUUGCUGAUUUAUGUGCUGCUAAGUCGAACUUCGUCAUCUGUGAGCCGGAUGUCUCACAAAAUGUUAAUUCCCUUGUUGUAUAAGUUCACAUUUUCUGAUAUUUCCUGUGAUUCGCCGGGGACCGCUUUCGCCGAGGUCAUAUGAGUUUAAUUUCUAUGUGUCACAGCCACAGGUAACGCAUGCUCCUAUGAAAAGUGUCUGCAAUCGAUUGACCGACGUAAAGGUACGUUAAAAUUACUUAAUCUUCAGUGAACAGCAUUUACAUCAAACAUUAUUCUCGUUGACUACACAGUCGAACAUUUAAUACGCGAUGGACUGAUAUCCACGUGUUUCAUUGCACAGCCAGUUCUAACGUCCGUUUUGAUAUCUUCGCCGUCCUCCGCCUAGCAUACUAAAAGAUUUUUGGACUUUUACUAAAAAAGCCACAUUUAGGCAAAAUAUUUUUCCGAAAUUCACAGUGUUUGACGGUUGAUGAAUACUUAUACUCAGGAUUAAUAAGAAAACUCCAUAUACGAAAUUAAAUUAGGAUGAGAACAGAGAACUUAGCAAUUAUUUAGAAUAGUUUCACUAUAGUGAAGGUCUUGUAUCGUCAAGUCGACAUGAAACUCUAGAUCAAGGGCUUAAAACGAAUCGUCACCCUAAGUGGUACCACGAUAUUCAUUUUGCCUUGGAAUCAGACUAAUCGUAAGUAGAUUAGCGUACGGCUACUUGAGCGGAUAAACUGUGAAGGCUAAAUCAUGUCUAGAGGAGUGCAGGCAAGGUUUGAUAUUUUUAUUCGCCCAUCCCACAUCUUUCCAAAUUCGUUCUGUUUUCAAUACCAAAUAGUAUAUAUUUAGAGAUUGCGCUUGCAGGCAGCGGUACACUAAAUUUUGAGCCAAUAUUUUCAUAGAACUACACCACUUGGAUGUGGUAUUACAGAGCAGGGAACUUCAAAAAACCAAAAACAGACGUCUAGGCUUUGCUGAGUUGCCUCGGGGAAUUUCCAUAUCCUGAACCACAAUAAAAAAAAUUCUAAAACCGGAGCACGGAAGCAGGGAUAAUUGACAUAUGAUAGUACUUUAUAUCCCAAAACAUCUAUGAACUACGUGAGACUGGUAGUCAUCUGGUGAAUUCUAGGUGAAUUACUUAGGAAAUCCUGCUUGGGCGGUCUACUUAGUGUAUCCGAUUUGGUGGAUUCCAGACAUUGCGGUAGGUUGAGGGGGUAACUUGACCCAAAUGUGAUUAAACUCGCGCCGUCCACCGGGGCCUCGUAGCGCAGGUGAUUAGAGCGUUGGCGGUACUAAAGCCUUUCCUUUACUAUCGUGGUUUCGAAUCCCACCGAGGCGCCGAGUUUUUUACAGUUGGGUCAACAUGAAGUACUUUGUAUCCCACGAUCUAAAAGUUGUUCUCAAAUAAAUGUGUGCCCUAAAAAUUGUUCACUAAUUCCCGAACAAAAUAAAAUCUUUUAAGGCAUGCAAAAUAUACAAAUUUUGGCGCCAAAUGUGGAGAAAGAGAAAGUGGUCAGAUACCACAGGUUAGGAAUGCAAAAAGUCUGCAACCCGUGCAGGUUACACCGACCGCUUCGCUCAGAGUGCUAGUGUGACAGAUUUAGCCGCAUACAUAUAUCACGGUGAGUGACCAAUCUCAUGAAUUGUUGGUCGAAAUUCUGAAAUGCAUUUUCGAUUAGGAAGGAUUACUUAGGUGGGAUUGUAAUGUUGAUUAUCAUGCGACAUAAUCCUAUAAUUUUUCGGACACGCACUUCUUUUCGACCUCCUUAACCAACUGCACUCGGUAGAAGAUGAUUACAUAAGUAACAUGCACUUUUCACGCCGAUUUUUGAUGGUCUUAUAAAUUUAAAUAUACUUUGCAGAAUACAUGUACAAAAAUAUGCUUUCUUUCACUCGUUUGGUAGAGAAUCACGUUAUCCUUACAUUUUAUACCCAAAGAAAGGAUACACGUAAAUUUUAAAAAGUUUAUAAUUGUGAUAUCUUUUAAGACCGUGUGGUGUUCAUCCGUACAGCAUCGCACAUGUCCGUUUACCAAUGCUCCUCAUGAAAUGUAAAACAUAGUCCGCAUCCAUUGCAAAAUUUUAUAAACUUUGUAAGGUACCUUCUUAAAGACAUAGAGGCAUAUAUGAUUUUCCUUACGCAGAAAGCAUGCAUCUUGUAGAAUUAAAUAGCUAAACGCUAGUGGAGCGGCUGAUUUGGCUCAAAAUUAUUCGGGAAUUAGGAGGCUUUUUCGCAUCCAAAACAUACACUUUCUUCGGAUAGCAAAUGUAAAGACAACGAGAUCCUCUUCAAAAAGAGUAAAGGAAAGCAUGUAUUUUAAUUUGUAAGACCAUCAAAAAUCGACGUGAAAAACGCAUUUUACCCAAGUAGUCAUUGUCUACCGAGUGUUGUUGCUUCAGGAGGUCGAAAAGAAGUGCAUGCGACAGCCGACGUCCUGGCGACUCCGAAAUAUUAUGCGAUUAUGCCGCAUGGUAAUCAGUAUUACAAUCCCACCUAAGUAAUCCUUCCUAAUUGAAAGCACAUAUCCGAGUUUUGGCUAACAUUUCAUGAGAUCGGUCACCCACUGUACAUACUUUGCAUUUCAGUUCAACAAAUAUUUGCUUAGGCAACUUUACGAAGGGACAUAAGCCACUGUUUGUUUCGCCUCACAAUUGCAGUCAGAUGGUUUUAAAAUAUUACACACAGCUAAUCGGCCUUGAAAACCAUUAGAAAGCCUCUAUUCUCAUUACAUGGGCAACAGUACUAGCGUCAAAAGCAGUUACCUGUAAUUAUGUGCAUUCUUAGGCCUUAAAGUUUUCGUGGUGCAAGUUCAGUAGUGUUUCGACAAAUACUGUUUCCCGAAAUUCUCGAGUAGGAUGAAAACAAAAUCCGCUAUUCGACAACGAAGAGGAACACAGUAAGCGGAUAGUUCCCCGAUAUACGUUAUAGAAAAUGCGACACUUUUAAGUGUCUUGUUUUUAGUUUUUAUAAAAGAGGGGAGCGUGCUUUAUGAGCAAUCGAGAAGAGUGGUUUCUGCCCAAAAUGCAUGCGGAUACCCCCAUUAAAGAAGAAGAACUUUAUCUUAUCUUCAGUGAGUUAUCAUGCUUCUACAUAUAAUCGUACAACUGACAUCAGAGAAGGGGUUUAAAUGAAAACCGUGCAUACGAAUGAUAAGACGGAAAACGUCUAGAUGAUAGCACUAUUUUCACGGCUUUUACAUCGUUGGAAGUCCUGCAAAGAAAUCCUGUUCGAAGAAAAAACCCUCCAAAACAUUUUGGGUGCCGGUAGUUCCAAUGACCCCAAAACUUUCAUCAAUAUUUGAAAUAAAGUCCUAUAUUGUUUAGUUGAUUCGGGGUUUCUUCGUCCCCCACUGGACUGAUCAAUGAUGCAUUGGACUGAAACGGAGGCCGUACGAAUUCAAACCACAUAUUAAUCAAGUCACUACGAGUAGAUGUGACUACGUCUGUAGAGAGAGGGGAAUACGCCUUAUUUUGAAAGAAUAAAUUUAGCAUUCUUAGCAAAAAGAUACUCCAUUCUCUGUGGACAGAAUGCAAGUUAAACAAAUUAAGUAAAAUUCGAAAAGGUUUGCACAAAAAGGAACAUCUGUUAUGGGGAUAAUUCAAGUCUCAGUUUCUGUAUUUCUGUCUCCUCACACGUAAGAUAACGUACCAGAAAUAGCAAUUCAAAAUAUUCGUAUGUCGUUGUACGGCAAGAAAUAUGUCAAAAGCCACGGUGCUUGGGGCGGGAGGACUUUAUAGCAGUUAGCUCAGAGUGAAGAGAAUGGACAACGUCAUUCAGAUAUUCGACCAGCAAAAUGUUUGGUCACUGUACGAUAAUAUCAACUAAAAAUAAAUACUAAACACUGGCCAUAGGAGAAAACAUUCGGAGGAAGCGUUUUAAAAUUAACAUAUCUUUUUUAAUCAAAGCAGGAAAAAUAUCAGAAGAGCAGUAGAGAAUGAAAGGAAGAAUACAGGCACCUCUGAAUCCUCAGAUUAGGGGUUGACAUGUGUGGUAGGAACACAAACAAUGAAUGUAGUAAAGAAGUUUACGAACUUUAGUGAAAGGGCCUCAGUAUGCCGGGAAAACGAAAGAAUUGAUGACAGAGUAACGCCAAGGUACCUGAAAGAGGAUACCUCUUUGGGAAGGAUACCCAAGGAUUCAGAACUAGGAGGGGGUCGCAGUCAGAGGACACAUUGAACUGACUUCUGAUUAUUCAGUAAGAGAUCAUUUUCCUACGAUCAUACUGAGACAUGAUUAAGGCCAUCCUUCAGAGACUAGAGAUGCGUCUGAUUUUUGAAAGGACGACCAACAACCACAUGUAACGCGCCAUAGACAGUCGAUCACGCCACGUCAAUCUGUUUGCAAAAUUUGAUCAUUAACCGGCCUGCAGACUCAGAGAAGCCACAGGCGAACAGAGGAGUGAGGAGGGAGUGAGACUGAUGCUGGCAUACUCUGUAUCACAGCAAAUUAGCAAAACCCCUGUCAAAAUAAAACCGACGUGCUUGAAUCUACCAUGAAUAGCGAAAAACCUUAAAUUAGAAGGUUGCCGUCCGAUGAUGGAGCUCGGCCCUUCUUUGAAGCAAGGUUCAUACAACGAGGAACUUAUUAUCAAUGUGACCAUCAUGGUACUUUUCCCUCCGAUGGGAUCUGUGACAUUUCACUGAAACCCAGCCCGGCUUUUUGUUAACGACGGCCUUCUGUGGCAUAGGUAGACCCGCAGCCUAACUUGCCCUCGGAAAACGAAUGAUACGGAAAGGGCAAAAUGACGUAGAGUCUUCAGAGGUCUCCCUCAAUGUAAACACAUUUCCUCGCUAGUUAUUACCAAACCUACUUCGGAAGACAGCAGUCGACCUCUCGGUUUGCGACGGCAAAACUACAAUUUCCCCUAAUUUCUACGGUUUACUGACCUUUUCAUCCUCCACACUUUGGAUCCACUGCCAUACUGUUCCACCUGACAUUCGUCAGAGAAGUAGGAUAAAAACGAGAACAAAGUCAACAGGACAAAACCGAUGAGCGAAUGCCAGAUCCCUCGACUGAGAGACAGUUAGCUCUUACAGGCGAAUCUUUUCUGACGCUGUUCGAGGGGUAAACAUGUUCAGCCACAAGCUGUUGAAACGCGAGGACACAGGUCGAGGAAGCACAUAAACCAAAGAAAGUCCGAAGGCAGAGGCCGUUAUGUGAAACAGAUUGACUUAAGAAGCGCAUAAAUUAUCCGGGUUACGUCUGACCUUAUGGUGCAACGGAAGUGCUCAACCCACGGAACAAUCGGGCACGAAUUCUAGUGCAUGUCCACUUUUCUGCAAAACGCUGUGCAACUUUUGAGGUUAGGAGGUUCGCCCGCAGAUUUUGGCAGACAUGUGCCGCCCCAAUGCGCAUGCAGAGGACGGAAAUAAACGUCUGUUCAUUCACGUCUGUGGAGGGAAGAACGGGAAAGUGAGGGUAGGCCUUUGAGAAUCAUGCACACUGUGUUAGGUUUGCGAUUAACAGUGGGGUUUUAACGGCAAAAUAAGGAGCUCUAAAUAAGUACAUGACACAAAACACACAAGUCUUACCAUAAACUACUCCUGAACAUCAGAAAUUUUCUGAAAGCAUUUCGACACACGGAGUGCGACACAAUGGAAACAACCGAAUACUGCUCAGAAACCGGAUCUGCAAAUACGUGGAGACCUCUCGAGUGGUGAGGGUUUCCUAUCGUCGGGCCGAUCGGAGCGCACCGCGCCCAAAUACAUUGCCAAUAGAAGCGAAGAGUCGAGUCCCAGGAAGCAGUCGUGAAGAAAGAGACACGAUUGCUGGACAAGAGCUUCAUUAGCCCGACAUUUCGGAUUCCUGCUCGAACCCAUCAUCAGAGACAAAAGCAGAUACCAGAUAUCUAAUUUUGUCUCUGAUGAUGGGUUCGCGCAAGAAUCCAAAAUGUCGGGUUAAUAAAGCUCUUGUUCCAGCAGUCGUGUCCUCUUCUCACGGAAACAACCGGGUAUCUUCAAAACUCAGAGUUCUAGAUGAACAGUAAAAAACGCCUUGCUUGAGGCAAUUCAAAGGCAUUAUUCUACGUAUCACUGGGAAUUGAAUGCUGAAAGGGUAUUUCAACUUUGUCCCAUAAUAGACACAUAGCUACAACCGGUUUUAUCAACACAUAAGCAUUUAGUAAAUUACGCGGCUGUGUGGAAUUCUGCUGUCCUACAAAUCAAAACUUGAAUAUUCUGCAGUGGCUAAUAAACUUCGGCCUAAAUAUUUAUAUCAAAAUCCCGUUCGAGACUAUAAAUCUCAAAUAGACUGAUUUAUUCCAAGUUAGCGAUUAACUUCUGAGAAAAUUAAAAGGUCGCAAGUAAUUUCUUAUUCUCACAUUAGGCGCGUAAAUGGUCCCCUUUACUUCAUGAUAAAAAUUGCCGUUCACCAUAGCUUUGGUUGGUAGGAUUUUACACGUGUGUCGACUGCCUGGAUCUUCUGGCACAUAACAUUAUUUUGGUCUGAAUAUUUUCAAACUGUCCACGUCGGACUAACCACUUAUUAUUUCGCACGUCCUACCCUAAUGUUUACCUUCAUAUACCGCAGAGUUUUCCCAGAGAAUAUCUAAAACCUAUACGUUGUAUGUUAGUUUUAAUGAAGAGAGAAAUUGUUUUAAUAAGAAUUUCUCGUUUCGUAAAUGCGUAGCAAAGUGCGAAUAAAAAUAUCGUCAUGAAAUUAAGGCCUAACUCAUAAAGUAUCCCGGAUAUUUUAUCUUGAGUUUUUAAGUUAUUUUUCCUAACUUUAUGCCGACGGCACGACAUGUUUGGUUUGUAAUUAAGGUAGAAUUUGAGUGAAGACUUAUGGCGAAGUCGUUGGGUUCUAUGGCGGACUAUUGUGAGGCCGGAAUUUGAUACGGCUGCUUCGAACUCGUUGGACGACAAACUGUCUUACAAGCUCGGUACAUGCUACCGCUUAGUUCUCCAGGAUCGAGCAUAUAUCGCGACAACUAAGUGCCACAAGUUGGCCUUCAGUUUAGGAAGGAGUAUGUUUGAUACAUUACUACAAGCAUAUGUAUGGCUAGGCCCACAAAUAUGGUCUCUUGGACGCAAAAUUCAGAAUUGGAAUUGCUUCCAACGCGGAAAGCUAUGCACACCAACCCUCCUUCGCCGAAGUAAGCCGAGAUUAACGAGAUUGAAGAUAUGAAAGUAAACUCAUUUUAAUUUCCCUUGCGGUCCGAGUUUUCAUUUUUUGCGGAAAAACUGAAAAAGCAAGACAAACUUCUACACUAGUUGGCCACCAGUAGCAACCAUUUUUGCAUUUAAUGCAGGCGAGCUACAAACGAUGUUUUGAUAAAGGGAAAACGCAACUUUCAAAAUAACAACUGCCUACAGGUCUCGCGAGAGAAGUCAAGGAUAUGGGUUGAGAGUAUGUUAACUGGAUUGGAAAACAACUUGCUACAAACAGUACGAAAAGGUUUUCUUUCCCAUGUCUUUGCGUUGUAGCGUAUAGACCGUCAAUAAUCCUGCUUUAACAUCGGAAUAAUUACCAGUACACAAGUUAACGUAAAUGUUCACCAACACUAGGUACGACCGAUACCCUUUGUACCCAGUCAGACCAUGCAGCGAACUCCGCGUUCUAACAGAAGUAACCAUGUUCACUGUGCUUUUAGAGGACACCUCAACAGCAAACGAUAGUCGAGGCCUGGAAUUGGCUCAAAUCUACUAUGCCUCCUGCACCAACGAACAUGAAAUUGACAGACUCGGGUUAAAACCACUGCAGGAUGUUCUGAUUCGAAUGUUUGAGGGCUGGAGAUUGCUGCCGCCUGGUACACCGGGUUCCAGAUCUGACCUGGAGGAUCCAUUCACACCCGCGAAAUUUGAUCUUACAGAUUUAAUAGGACGGUUUCUACAGUUUGGACACGGAAUUGAUAUAUUUCAGCUGCUUGUUGAAAGAGAUCCGAAAAACUCCAGUCGCUUUUCUAUCACGGUAAGUACAUUGAUUUCGUUAGAAACCAUGAGUUUCUUUGCAAUGGUACUUGUCAUGUUUCGAAGAUACGAACACAGGAUACUUUCAAAAAUUACCUCUCAGCGAACGACAAUGUAACAUCAGGGAGAAAUAACCUUAAUUUCAUUCAAUUCGUAAAUAUGAUAUGCCGCGAAAAGUGGUUAGGCAAAAUACAGCACCCUAAUUUACAUCCUCCUGAUUUUCCGAAGGAGUAGUCAUAUUUGCUUUUAAAUGGGGGACUUCAGUUUUAUAAUUAUAGAUGGUAUGUUUCUCCGGGUUCGCAGUUGCUAAAUAGUUCCUAAUGAUUGGCUGCAAUAGUAGUGACGAUUUUAUUUCUCUAACAGUCCGAACGCCAAGUUUUUUCUCGUAGAUUCCAAAUUUAAACGUUGAAGGUUUGAAAUCAUAUAUUAAAUAGAUGUGAAAACAAACUGUCUAAGGUUAGGAAUAUUUUUGAUAGCAAACUAGUGUCAUCGAAUAAAGUUAAAACAUAUGCCCUUUUGGCAAAGUAAUCUCUAUAUUUCGUUCAUUUUCGUUGCUUUUAAAAUAAAUUUCUACUUCGUAUACUUUGGUAAAACUUUGAAAAAGGUUUUUCGGGCUCUUACAUCCUGGAACUUUGGUAACCCCAAAGAAUAUGUUGCCAAAGCAGAUAACAUUCCUCUGAUGAACAUUGCAGUUAUUAUAUGAACACAAUUAAAUUGGCUGUAAGAUCUAACCGGUGAAUAAUGGUAACUUAUGCAUCGUAAAUUUUCAAAUCACCAUGUAGCAUCCGGUAAAGAAAAGUUCACUGUUCGCAGGUUUUUACUUUUGCGCAUACAGUUUCACAAACUUAACGCUUAGGCUAAUGCUGAAGUUAAUCAAUCCUUCUGUCCAAAAUCACGAAACACUGACUAAAUGAAGUCUACUAAUUCUUUGAAAACUUAACUUCCAUGAUGACCAAAUAUCCAAGAGCAGGAAACAAUUUUGUUUUUUUCAAGAGCGAGAAAAGGCAAUUGGUCAUUGUCAUGUCUGAAUUUAUACUUUAAAUUUCCCUGAUGCAAACCAUGCGUUAAUGAUCUCAUCUGCGUAAUUAACAACAAACCACUUCUGUUUUAAGGCAUGCGGGAGUCUCUUUCAACAAUAAACUGAAUUGCAUCUGUUUUGGCCAUUUCUUAGCAAUUUUUCUUUCAGUUAGGAAUUAGUGGCUAUGUUAGCCUGAGCGUACUGCUUGGUUUGGAGUUUUAAGGGAAUUAAACCUCAUUGGGUAAACUACCUCUUCAUUUAGUCCCUUAUUAUACUCUCAUAUUUGAUAUUUUUGAGUUUAAACGCCCCGAUAGAGGCGAAACGAUUUAAUGGUCUUGGUCUAAAAACGAAAUCACAGUACUUUGUUGUAUUUCAGCAUGAAAUCACCUUUCAUGGGACCGUUGAUCAUCAGUGUGUCUAAAAUAAGUUCUUGGGCCACAGUUCCUCGGUCCCCCAGAUAUCGUGUAAGUGGCAACUCACGGGAUCGCGUUGACAAGGGACAGGUUUUUGAGAAACGUUUACCUGCAAUACCUGGAAUUUAGGAUAGACGCCUGAUUGCACCUUUUCAGUGUACUAAUUUGCGGUAGUAAGUGGAUUUUAGAAAAGGCAUGAGGUCUAUUUGGUGCCGGACGGCGUUUACCCCCCAGUAUACCAACUUGGCUUGGAACCUCUUUGCAGAUGAUGUGCCGAUUAGUUCUGUAUGCAUGCACGUCCGAAAAUAUUAUGUUAUUAUCGCCUUCUACAUCGCAAAUAUGUUCCUAAUCUUAUAGUCUGUCAAUGUCACAGCUGAUAUUCACUGAGAGCCGUUCAAAUAUAGGUCGACCUUGGGCACUUCGGGUAGCCCGCAACAAGACUGAUGUGUCAGUCCCACCCUCUUCGAGCAAACCCGUAGCAACAGCUUUUAACAUCAGGAGAAAUAGUAAUAAGGAAGAACUUUAUUCUUAGUACUGUUUUCUCAUUUUCUUAAAAGGUCGUCAACAAGUGUGCCAAGUAGAGUAUUUGGAAGGGCCGUUGAAAAAUGAUUCCACCCCAUGAAAAUAUGUUAUUUGGAUUGAGUCACUAAACACUAUGCAGCAUAAGCGGUUUAAAUGGCAUAAGAAGUAAACGACAGCGAUCCAGAUUACAUUCAACAACAGCACCUUAUCGGGAAAGCCGCUGCAGGUUAAAAGCAUAAAAUAUCUCAUUAGAAGUGCUAAUAUAAGGGGUUAAUCUCAGUAUUUGUAAUAAAUGGACUGAUAAUCAGGAAAGCGUUUUAGGGCUAUUAAUUCUCAAAGUGUGAAUGGAAAAUUCGUGGUUUUGUGAAACUACCAAACGGAGUUCACCGAAUAUACCGAAAUUCCCUUACGAAAACCUUCACUUCUAAAUGGUUUUAACAGACAAUAUGGGAAUCCUGGACCUUCGCUUUUAUGAGAGUCACGUCACUACGCGAAAUUUUUAUCCCCGAUGUGAAGCCUAGCUGGCUUUCCCGACUCCAAAUCGCUGGGGUUCAUUUGCACUGGUGUGAACAAGUUGCACUAUAUUGCGGUGGUAUUGGUGAAGUAAUAUUAUUUGGCGAUUUUUGAAAUGUAAAAAUGCGAUUGAACAUUGGUGGCAGUCAAUUAUCAUUAAAGUUAUUGGGUCGUAUGGUACAAUACCAGUGUACCGAAGUCUUACUUCGUUGGAUUUAAAUUUGAGGAAAUGGCUUCGAUUAGCCCUUCCGAUGCUUUCCGAUUAACCCUUCCGAUGCUUCUGAUUAGCCCUUCCGACGCCGAUAUAGUAGCUCUUCUGUCAGAUCGUCAAACUACACCAUUUCACACUUACGCCUACGGAGUGCCCCAACGCCUGUGUUUUGCGCCGAAAGACCUAACAAUACCCAAAGGCACUCCAAAAGACUUGCAAGGCUAGCAUCAAAAUUAGUAAUAACGUUCGUCAAAGUGGUUGAGGACGGGAAUAUGGACAUCCGCAUAACAUUUGCCCUGCUCCAUAGUCCCGAGGGAUUGGAAUUAACCAUAAUGUUAGGAUUGGUAUUAGUGUUAUGGUUAGUCACGGUUAUGGUUAGGAUUAUGAGGAAUUGUGUUGGGGUUAGGGCUAGCGUUUGGGUUAAAAAUAGGACAGUGAAAUAGGUACCCUCUGGAAUUUGACGCGAGGCCACUUGACGUAUGGGGAGUCCAUAUUGCCAUGUCCGACCGAAAAACAUUUCACUCAGUCGCCAGACGAAAAAAUCCGAUGCAAGCAAAUAACUUGACUUUUGCGAAUUUCAGCAUUCGAACAAACUGACGUAGAUCCGAAAACAGAGGCGCCAAGUCAACUGAAAUGAAAGAGACACUUGACUUCGGCUCUUCUAUUCAGGAACUCGGGAAUUAAGAGCACAGUUUCUCCUCCAAAUUUUGAUACCACGAUAUAAUGCGGAGACCUGCGUUUAACCAAGAUCCAAUGGUCUAUUAUACUACACUUUCACCCCAUCUAAUUUGACAUCCGAGUAUUCAAUCCGCAGGCCUAUUUUUAAAAUCUAUUGGUAAUAAUCUGCAGCAAGAUCUCUGAGCCAGCUGAAGUCCAAAGGAGUAUAAACGGGUUGAUUGACUGUGCAUGAAAGUUUUAUUCGCAUUUCGCUAUUUGCUUGAACUAUCAUUGACACUUUGCAUCACUGCCACUUGGCGAACAAAAAAACGCAAAUUGUAUUGCCUUCCUUUUUAUAACAACAUAUACGUGCUGCCCAUCUAAAGAUACCCCACAAAUACAACUUUUAUUAUUUAAUGUGAAGCUUUGUCGAACAAAGGUUAAGCAAACUUUACUAUUCAAUUUGGCACUUCCAAUAUAGCUUGCUCCUGGGGUUGUCAGUAUGCAACCGGAAUACUACCUCGAGACGUCAGAUCUCAAGAUUAUCCGAGUAAGUUUACCCCAUUAAUACUGUGCAAAAUUAUUUUGAUUUAACUUUUCCCUUAAAGAUCAUUGAAAGGAAGCCAAUUUAUUUUAUUCACCCAACACCCAGUCAACUUUGCCAAAUGUAGAUAUCACAGUCUCUGGCUGGAACUGUCUGUUGCCUGCAGUUCACUUGCAGCGGUUUAGAGUUUGAAUGCUGGAAUGCAAGAAGGCCUUUCUUAAUUUACGAGAUUCCUAACGAAAUCGCGUGUUAAAGUCAGUUAGUUCUGAUUUCAUUGGACCCUGCCCAAGUCACUGCAGUGAAUGAAGCCAAAAGAUGUGUUAUUUCAUGUAAUUUCGGCAACUAUCUAGACAUUCCGUGUUAAUGAUGGCGAUUGGAGCCGUUUUGAUGAAACCCUACGCAAAAUGCGCACUCCCUCCCCAUGCAAACCAUUUCGCUGCAUGCAGACUGACCUCUAACUCCCACGUUAUAUCGCACACAGAAGAGACCGUCUGCAUCUUAGGCGUCCGAGCAGUGAGUGUCUUCGGUAAGAGAACAGCUCGAAAAUCGAACGACUCAUUUUAGAGUCUUGUUUUGAGAUGUCAGCAUACGUAAACACCCCGGUGGGCUUUACGUCGCCGCUGUUCGUGGAUAAAAGUAUGGCAUUGUGGCCGCGGGCUUAAUAAUAGUGAGGUUGAGAUUAGCUUGAGACAGGCCAACAAUCGGUUCACCGUGUGAUCUCAUUUAACGCUUCCGUGUGUUGACCGACCACACUGUUAAGUUGAUAUCAAUGUUAUGACACUAGACAGACGAUGAGAGACGAGCUGAAUCAAAAACAACACAGGACGGAUCAACUCAUGGAGUCGUGUAAAAGCCGGUUGGAUCCCUUCACAGUAGGGACUAUUAAGGUUGGCAGCAGACAGAUGUUCAAGUCAACUAUCCCCGCAAUGUUGUCCCAGUGAUCUCUUAUACCGUCCUGGACAUCUAAGCGUUUAUUUCAAAGGUGAUUCAUUAGUCGGCUCCCCGCGCUUUAGUCUUUAGUGAAGUCGCCGAUAUUCUGCUGCGGAUAAAUUGCAUCGAUCACCAAAAAAUCAACUGCUUCACUAAAGUUCAUUGUAAUCUAAAAUGCGCUUACUCUAAAUACUAGCCGUCCCUGUUUCGUGUACAUAGUUAUAUCUGUCUUGCUUUCAGUCAUGCGUUGGCUACUUCACUGUAACUGAGUAUACAAGGAGCCGCUCGCACGUCAGGGCCAAAGUAUAGUUCGAACUCUGAGAGCCCUCUUGCAUUUUAUACCGGAGCACUUUGUUUCAUAAAGAUUUUGCCCCAUUCAAAUGGCACUUUAGUGGUACAAGAGUGGGAUCUGGUCGUGCUCGGAGGACGAAUUCAAACGCUACUAUCAGGCAAUAAGUAGUGAUAUAUAAGAUUUGGCCUGUAGAACAAAAAUGAAAAAUGGAUUUCUUUAACCCAUCGAUCAAAAGUUAAAAGCGAAAGUCGAUUUCCAGCAGGAAAACGAGCCACCGAGACAACAGCAGAGGGAGCAAAUCUCAGUGGUUUGCUGGUACUUGUAUUUAAUCUUUUAUUAGUUCGAAUGUGAAGGGGAAUGUGCGAGGUUGCUGCAGACAAACAAAUAGCUCUAUAUCAUUGAAUAUUUUCAGUUCAUCAAAAUUUUCUGGUUAAACCUACUUGAGCAUUAUAUGUUUACUCAGAAUUGUUUCUCGGCAGUUUAACAUCUUUUUAUGCAACCUGGGACUCGCCGUACCUAUGUUACGACAUUCGCAUAAGAUAAUAACCCCCCCCCCCAAUAUUUUAUCUGCCAGAAUAUUGAGUGAGAUAAUUGUCAUCAGAGAACCUAGCCUUUCUGGAGUGCCUGAAAGAAUUUUGCACCAAUACCUUACUCCUGAUUUGCAAUCAAGCACGAUAAAGAUCUCAAAUGCCAAAUCCGAUGUGCAGAUCCCUUUUGAGGGGCCCAGUGCGUAUUUGGCGGUUGCAUUUUCUGGGCCUGUUAUGUAAUCUUACACCCUAAAUUAUUCAAACGAAAUGAAGGACCCUAAGGAUUGUUCAUUCGUGUUCGUUUGCGAUUAGACCAGUCAAAUAACCUCCAUUUGAAACCCAAUGUUCACAUUCAGAAGGCUAAAUGACGAAAACCGAAGUAGAUAUUCGCAUAAAUAUUGCGAAACCUUUUAGAAUUCACUUCCAGUGCAUAAAAAAUUGCAAUUUCCGUCAUUUUGGACAGUAACACUAAAAUGUGUCAGCUUCAUAAUAACUGAAACGGCUUCGUCAAUGUUCAUUUCGGGCAUUUAAUGGCUAAGGGGUUUGCACACUUAGUUCUGUGACCGUAGGUUUCCUUAGAAAUAAUGGUUCCUUGUGUUUUAUUCUUUUUUGUGUCUCGACAAGGAGCAUUUGUAAUGCCUAAAUAGUUGCCCUGGGAAAUCGCCUUAUCUUCCACGGAGACUGAUUCGGUUUGCACGACGAUUUACUUUCCUAAGCGAUGAAAACUCCGUCCUCCUGGUGUGCUUACACUUACCCAAAACUACCCGACAGUAUAAAGUGAUCCAAGGAACUGUUUCACCUAGUUGAAAAUAAAUAUUUCCGAUGUUCUCGCAUAAGGAAUUAUGACUCGACUCUGUUUGAAAGUAGUUAAAAAAUAUGCAGCCGUCUUCAAAUUGUUAUUUCAGAUUGUGCAGUACUUCAAAGAUUUUAUGCGAAAUUAUUCACUAAUGUUGGGAGUCGACGAAUCACAACUGGGGGCUUUGGAGAGGGUUUUUGAGCUGGAGACGCAGAUUGCCAAGGUACGUGAGUCCAAAUUCCGUUUUCGAAUAUGCUUUUUAUGCGUGCUGCAAAUGAAAUUGAAUAGCAACAUUUGCAAUCAGCACAUUUGUGUUCCCUUUUAAAUAAUGUUGUUUGCCUAACGUAAACUUCCCUGCUUAGACCUUCAGCGGACGUUUUUCCAAGGUGACAUCCACUCAUAUUCCUGCAUUUCGAAAAGCAAUGUUUAACUGUAACCCAAAAUACAAACAAUAGUACAUUCACAUUUUUAUCGGCUAAUCGGUUGUUAAUCCGGAUUUUUUAUUUUGGCCUCUUGUAAAGUGUGGCAAAGCUUCUAAGUGAAAAAAUCUAAUGUCGAUCUCACCAGCGAAACAUCAUUGGGACUACAUGUGAAGGUCAGAUAAUGUCUUCUUUAAGUUUCUGUGAUACGUACUUGAACACCGUUCGUGCUAAUAACUAGACCCAGAUAUUGCUUCCCAGGUCCUAUUAAAUUAAACGUUUUCCAAUUGGUAUUUGGUUGUUGAAUGCUAAUUCAUAAAGUCAAGACACAGAUUUGAGUGUAUCAUGCAGGAGUGUUACAAAUUGCAUUUACUUGGGACAGUACGGGUACUAUUACUCUUAAUUGUGUCCUUUGAGAUCCAUAGUCUGGGAUGUAUUUUGCCAGCUUAUUGUUGCCAAAUAUACCCAAGUUUGGUAUGGCAAUUGCUUAAAAUUUUUUGACGUUGUAGCAUUCGUUAAUGCCGAUAUUCGAUCAGCACCAGAACAAAAUAUUUUUUGAUGCAAAACCAUCAUCUCCCCCUUAACUACCUGCUGGGGACACGCACGCACACAUCGAGAUACUGCCAAGAGAAUGAUGAAAAUUUACCUGUUGUUUUUGACCGCGAAGUUUCAUUUAGCCGGACAUCUGUCUGGUUGCGAUAACGGUGGCACGGCUGAUCGACUCACCUUUUUGCUGUCAAUGUUUUAUACAUCUACUGCCCACUACAUGACAUUGCCCUUAGGCAUACUGUGCAAAAUGUGUGGUAUUUAAUGCCUCUUUUGGCUGGAUAGCAAAAAAUAGUAGAGUGAGAUAAAUUAUGAGUGAAGCCGCGAGAGCUAGUUUGUUGUGGGUGUUCUGAUUACAGAAGGCAUCAUUUUUGUGCACUGGCGUGAUUUCCAGAGUCAUGGGAGACCCUCCGCUGCAGCAAUCGUUAAUGACGAUAUUCGAUCAGCACCAGAAAAAAAUAUUUCUUCUGAUGCAAAACCAUCAUCUCUCCCUGUAACUGUCCGUUGGGGACACGCACGCACCCAUCGAGAUACUACUAAGUGAAUGAUGAAGAUUUACCUGUUGUAAACGAUUUACUGAUGAAAUGCCACUUGAUGUGACUCUGUAAUUAUCACCGUCAACUUUUGGACAUAAGCUUACAUAACUAUUGUACUUGUUACUGAAAUAAGCCAGACUGUCUGCCUGACUUGUAAAAGAAAGUAACCUUUCAAAACGGUUAAUUACAACUUUUAAUUAAGCUUUAAAUAUGAGAAGAAGUAAUCUUUAAAGGGCCUGUUUUGACUGGAUGGCAAAAAAUAGUAGAGUGAGAUAAGUUAUGAGUGGGGUCGCGAGGGCUAGUCUGUUGUGGGUGUUCUGAUUAUAGAAGGCAUCAUUUUUGUGCACUGGCGUGAUUUCCAGAGUCAUGCGAGACCCUCCGCAUAGGCAGAAAUUCUUGGUUGAACGAAGCGAAUGCAGUGAAACGCGCGGAAUCCAAUGACGUCGGCACGGUCAGAUUUGGAGCCCAGACAAGAAAUUGCGUAAAUGUCCUGACUGGAGAUAAUUCCUUUCAGCCAGUGAUGUCAAACGUCAUGACAUUUUCAAUUUUCAUAGCUAACUUAACGCAUGGCACAACUGUUAUUUCGCAUGGCAAAUCUAUUGCGCAACCAUACUUAAAUCAGGAUACCGAGGUUUCUGUUUUCUUCGUUUCGAGGCUUCGUAUAUUCUGGAAUUUUAAUAAAUAAAAUAAAAAUGAUAAACAAUUUACUGAUGAAAUGCCACUUGAUGUGACUCUGUAUUUAUCACUAUCAACUUUUGGACAAAACCUUACAUAAGUAUUGUACUUGCCGCCGAACAAAGUGUUAUCCAGCCCAUUUUGCAUUUACCAGAGCAUGGAACCCCGCGCACGGCAAAGUAUAGAAACAAAUUACGUGAAACUGAAUCUCACUGAACUCGCCGAACUUUGUCCUGUGGUAAGUCAAGGAACAGUUCAAGAAAUCUUAAAUACGUUAUCAUAAAUGCCGAUUCGUUUAUUCAGAAUUGCAUUAACACUUUUGUUUUAUUCUGAUUUUCUUUGUGAUCCUGUCGGUUAAACUGUAGAUUGCUUAAAUAAAAGUGAAUCAGCUACUUAUGAAGGUUUAUCAUGUCGGUUUAUUGGCGUCCUUAUUGAGCCUCAAAACAAAGCCAAGUCGGAGCUAUUUUGCAGAAAUUUAUAGCAAAUUGGAUGAUACUAUGGUAGACUCUAAAAUCAAAAGAAAGCAUCCUAGGAAAUGAAUGUAACAAAUGAUAUAUUCUUACUUAGCCAAUAUAUAAAUUUUAGAAAGGUUUGCACGGUGUGCUUAUGAGACAUUUAAUGCUAUUUGGUUCUUUGACGAAGUUUUUUUGCUGUCCUUCUAGAUACAGUGGGAAAGGCUACUGACAAACUUAUUCAAAGAUGUCAGUUAUACUGUCCGAGAGACGGAGACGGUUAUUAUUGGAGAUCGUUCGUUUUUUGAGAAACGGUGCAAGAUUUACGAGGAGUACCUAAAGUCAGCAGAUACAAUAAAGUGCGUUGCAAGCCGGGCGACUUGACCCUGCAAUUUGUGCAUUUUAUUGUCUAUAAGGAUGUUUCUCGCCAUCGCGUAAUACCCAAAUUUUCAAAUUUACAGCCGUGUAUUGUUGCAUUCCCCGGAGUGAAGUCAUGAACGAUGGUAAUGCUCUCGACCGCAUGAGACCAGGCUUUUCCUCGUUUUUUUCAGCCGGAAAAACAACUUAACAAAGUUACAGUCGGAUAUUUAGUUCUUAAAGGACAAGCGCAAUUUUCAGGAGCGACGGAUAAUGCAUGCUAAUACUCGCAGAAAAAAUUGAGGGCGAAAAAUGCUUUUGAAAUUGUUAGUAGUGCACGAACGUCUGGAGAUUUAGACAACCAACCGUAAUGGUGCUUUUGAAAGAAGAGGGUGAUCUGUCUGAACUAUAGCAUGUUUUUUUCCAGGGAAGUCAUUUUCGCGUAUUUUACAAAGUCAUUAUGUUAUCAGAAAACAGAUGUGACUGGGGUAAUCAACCACCGAUUUUUAGACAUAAAUGUGGGCAAAGUGGCUCAAAGGUAUAGUUUUGCCAGUUCUAUUUUGGAACACUUCCUCUUCGUAAAUACCGCCAGACAUAGUCUGCAUUUUUCGUAACUGCAUAUUCUAAGUCACAACACGAAAAAUAAAAAAUUACAAACGGCCGAGAAGUAAGGAAAGCUCAGUGGUCUGAGAUGGACGGGAAUUAAUAGGCUCGGUCGGCGGUUCAAUCCGCUUUCUUAAGACAUGUUUUAUGGUCCAAUUAAUCUGCUUUAAAAGUGUUUUAAUACCCAAAUCUUGUGUUCGUCCGUUGAAAAUUACAACCUGGCCAAUUGCCGGGUUUCUAUACAUUUUAUAAUCAUCUAGAUCUAACUUCCGGUUUAUUAAGCCCUUUCUCCACUUUAACCCCUCAAAACGUUUUUUGAUUACGCUUCUGUUUCGACAAAAAAAGCAAAUUGCAUGGACAGGAAAGUCUCGUGCUAUUCCUAGCCCUCAUGAAAGGCUAAAACCUCCCCCCAUAGGUUCCUUAAAAUGUUCCAUUUAAUAUUUGCAUUUGGUAGAAUACUCCACGAUGCGGCGGUCUGGCGCAUACUGUGGUCCACCAGCCCAUACAUGCCAACUAGAGUGCGGAAGAAAUUCGAGAUCUAUGAACAAGCCAACACAGGCGAGUCUCUCUUAUCUGCCGAGUUGUUUCGACCACACUCCACUCGGCUGGACACGGACCUUCUUUUUGCAAUAUCGUCCUUUUUCGGACAAAAUCGCUGGGUAGUGAGCAUAUAUGUAGUGUCUGCUGUGCUAAACAACAGAUGUAUCAAGAAAGGACUAGCAACAAAAAUAAUUAGCCCCAGUGACGAAUAUGAAGGGAAGGCACUGAAAUAAGCCAGACUGUUUGCCUGAUUCGUAAAAGAAAGUACUCUUUCAAAAACGGUGAAUUACGACUGUUAAUUACGCUUUAAAUAUGAGAAGAAGUAAUCUUUAAAGGGCAAGGUUCAGUGUUUAAUGCAUAAUGAAAGGAAAAGUGCCUUUAAAUAUUGGGUAAAUUGUUAAUUAUUUUGAGAAAAACUGUCUUUUAGGCCGUUCUAACAAUUAAAAGUUACUAAUUUUGUUUCGGGCAGGAUCUUAAGGGACCUUAGGAAAUCACUCCUUGUAUUUUUUCUGUCAGUCAAAAAUACUUCUUACCGAAAUUAUAGGAUAGAAACAAAACAAACGCACAUCCAGUUAGAAUGCAUAACCUUAUCCCAUAUUUUAAAGGAUUUUUAAGUCAACUCUUUAGCUGCAGAAGUCCCGGUGUGGGGAGCCAUUGUAGUUGGAAUUCCAGGUAUCGCGAAUACCUAAGUAUGGCGGCAUUUUGAGCAAGGUGGUUGGCUACUGUAAAUUCAAACUUUUGUUUGUCGUUCACAACUGAAGACCUGAACCCACUAGGAGGAAGUAAAUGAAAACAGACAUUGAAAAUUCGAACCUAAGUCGGCCGAAAAUUUUAAGUGCCUACUAAAAUUUAGUAUGUAUUUGUAAUAUAGAAAAGAUGUAAGUGGAUGUAUAGAAAGUACACAUCAGUCUCCUCCGAUAUAUCUCGAUGCCUGUAAUUCGAACACUUAAGUCAUUUCUACAGUAGAUGUGCUAACUCAUGAAAUGUCAACCAAAAUUUCGAAAUGCGUUCUCGUUUCGAAAAGAUCAAUUAAGUAGUGUUGUAAAACUAAUCAUGAUGCAGCAUAAAUCUAUCAUGAUCCAGUUACCCCAGGGUGUCGGCUUUCGAAAGAACUUAUUUUUGGCUGCAUGCAAGAUCUAUACUCUGCAAAAAAUGACUACUUAAUUAGCAUGCAAUUUUCUCAUUGAUUUUCGAUGCCCUUGAAAAUUCAAUUAUAUUUCAUGGAAAACAUGCAUAAAAAUAUUCAUUCUUUUACUUAUUCGGUAGAAAAUCACGUCUUCUUCCAAUUUCAUAUUCAAAGAAGAGUAUAAUUUGGUUUUAAAAAAGUUUCUAAUUGCGGGAUUUUUUAAUACCGUUAAAUGGCCGUUCAUGAAACGUCAUGUAUCUGCAUUUACGAAUGUGGCUUGUAAAGUUAACAAUAUUGCUCAAAUCCACUGCUUUAUUUUAUGAACCUCAUAUGGUCUCCUCUAAACACCGUAGAGAAAUGCAUGCAAUAUUGUUAACUUUACAAGCCACAUUCGUAAAUGCAGAUACAUGACGUUUCAUGAACGGCCAUUUAACGGUAUUAAAAAAUCCCGCAAUUAGAAACUUUUUUAAAACCAAAUUAUACUCUUCUUUGAAUAUGAAAUUGGAAGAAGACGUGAUUUUCUACCGAAUAAGUAAAAGAAUGAAUAUUUGUAUGCAUGCUUUCCAUGAAAUAUAAUUGAAUUUUCAAGGGCAUCGAAAAUCAAUGAGAAAAUUGCAUGCUAAUUACGUAGUCAUUUUUUGCAGAGUAUAGAUCUUGCAUGCAGCCGAAAAUAAGUUCUUUCGAAGGCCGACACCCUGGGGUAACUGGAUCAUUAUAGAUUUAUGCUGCAUGAUGAUUAGUUUUACAACGCUACUUAAUUUACCUUUUCGAAACGAGAACGCAUUUCGAAAUUUUGGUUGACAUUUCAUGAGUUAACACAUCUACUGUAAAUAUGUGCGAAUUGUACUGCUUCUGACAAGGUUUGCAGUUUUUGUUGAUCACACUUCUCUUGGGAAAUUGUAGGCGUUCGAGAACAGCCCCAAAGAUGGCUGACAUGUGUACGCAGUACGGAGGAAUUCUUUGGAAUGACGAUUGCCCGAAAGUUUGUAGCGGCACACUUUGACGUGACAAGUAAAGAAAAGGUAUCUACGAUGCUUUUUACAGUCCGAACUACGUCUCUUUCUUCGGUGCAUUUUUUACGGUUAUGUGACUAAUAUUACUUUCAGUGCCAUGUCGGCGGCAUAAACUGGCCGUAAGUGCCGUCGAAAAUGCUGGGACAAAAACAACUUUAAAAUAAACUCUAUUUCGGACAGAAGUGGAUACAGGAAGAAAAGUCUUUUAAGGGCUUUUUUUUGGUUUACCACACCUAAGCAAUCGUUUUAUUACAUUGCCUCUAUCUUAGCCUACAUUUUUCGUGUGUGUAUGAAAACCUGUUACAAGAUUUCAAAGGUUGAUUGUGUAAUUUUUAAAAAUGCUGGAGGUGAGUGCCUGCGGCUGUUGACCAUGAAAUUUGGAGAUAUUAAUCCCAUUCUACAGAAUACGUAGGGAAAAUUUAGAUUGCCCAGUUACACAGUGAUGUCCAAUCGCAGUCUUACCAAGGGUCAGAUAUGUGGCCGUAUGCUGUGUCCAGGGUAACGUUCGAUGAUAUAGGCCGUUUGUGAUGCUCUAUUUUACAGGGAAGUUGAAAUAAAUAUGAAACUGUGCUGAAAGCAACAUUAAGUCGGCCUAACAACUGCCUUCCAUUAUCGAGUUUAGCUUUUUACGUUUAAACCAAAAAACCUAUUUAGAAUAUGCAGUGAAGUUGGUUGAAAAUUAUGAGUUGGAUCCACAUCUUUGGGAUACUUUAGCAGACCUGAACCAAUUGUAAGCUUUUUCCAGUCCAGUAGACAUACUGUUAUGAAACUCCAAAACGCACAGAUAAAAGUGCGUUUAAACCCAAACAGGAUAAAUUGAUUAACUUUAUCCCGUACUUGACUGAUUAAGGCAUAAUUUAAAGGUGUUUUCUUAUGUUGACUAUUUUGCCGAUGGCGCAGAGGAAGAAAUCCUACGACAUUUUAGAAAUACUGGUUAUCUUACCCUCCACGAGAUCCACUAGGACCCGGUUAAUGAACCUUCUACAAAAAACUCUGUAGUGAGAAGCUCCGUAAAACCGCUCUUCGUGUGGAUAGAGAAAUCACCUUGCCCAUUCUUGCAUCCUCGACUUGAAUAUAAUUUGCAAUAAUGGAGUUUUAUUAUGAAAUAUAAGCGUUGUUGAAUAAUAGCGCCAUUUUAUGGGCAGUUCCUGCGUGCUACUCCUUUAGGAGGGGUGAGUACUGGACCAAUUCCUCAAAUGUCUGCGGGUAGACUUCGAGGCAACUGUCCUCUUACUACUCCUUCGGGUUAUAAUCAGCAUGGAGGAUUAACAUCAUUAAUAUUAUUCUAUGGAUCUUUGAGUUUUUCAAGCACAGCGUUAAUUAACCUAUUGCAAAACAAGCGGUAUAAUUUUGUGUUACUGCUUUCACUUAAAUUAGCUAAAUUGAGCACUUUACCAGAGGCGAUAUUUAUAGAGUUUGGAUCCUUGUUAGUUUUUUUGCAUUUUCUACUAUUAUAUUACUCGAAAUUUUGCACUGUUAUUAUAGGGAAGUUCGUUCUCUACAUCAGCGCCUGCAUUUAGUGUUUCUGUUGCAAAGGACUGAAGCAGCGGGUUCUUUUUAGCAAUUUUAACAAACAUCUGGCCCUAUUUUGGAAGUUCCCGCGUGCCACUGCGACCUUUUAGGAAACCGGUAGUGAGAUUAAAUCGGCUGUAAAUUAUCUCCUUCAUCGUCACCUUUUUGGCGUUUUUAGGCAACAGAAAUGAUUAUGCGUAUCAAAAUGGCCUUCAAAAGUUCCUUUUACCAGGUGGAGUGGAUGGAUGCAGAAGCAAAGAAAGGAGCUGAAGAAAAGGUAAAUACCCUGUUUGUCACAAUUUACCCGUAGGUUGACAUGAUGGGUGACUCGAUAGGAUAUCCUGAAGAUAUCACGGACAUUGAAAAGGAGAACCGCCCAUUUGUGGCAGUGGUAGGCUUUAUCCCCCUUUUCCUUUUCCGUUCUCCAAUUAUAUUGGUAUACGCCUAAGGCGCAUCCCAAUCUGAUUAAAUUGCGCACGCCACAUGCCCAUGAAUAUCUCCAAAUGCCUUCUGGAAAGACUUGAUAAAUCCCUCAUUCGCUCGACUUGAAAAUUCAAUUUUCUGCAAAAUUUCGUUAUCAUUGGGGUUAGUAAAGGGAAAAGUGAGCAUAAAAUUGUUUCCUUCCCUGCAAAACGCUAUUUCUCCAGAAGAAAUUUGACGGAGGCCAAAAUGUCCUAAAAGGAAAAAUUUGAUGGCAUCACCAAGAUCUGUGGUCUCACAGUCAGCAGCUAAUUGUCUUUGCAAGGAAAUUACUCGGACUUUAAACCUAAGCAGAGUUUUUAGAAAAAUGGCUGACAAGUCGUAAUAAAUUUAAACAUUCUGGAUAUGAAAGCACUAUUUUAGGGCAUAAAUAUGAACAUUUGAUGUUUUAUCUAAAAUAUAUCAUUCAUGGGUUGAUAAAUAGAUCUAACCUGGGAGCGGAGAGCAUGCUUAAUGUACCUUCUAAGUUUCGCUAGCUGGAAUUUGCAACAUGUGUGCUAUUUCACGAAAAGUUAACCGAAAUUCUGAAAUGUGCCUUUGCUUCGCUAAAAUUUCUUAAGUUGCGUUUUAGUAUUCAUUGUUGUGCAGCGAUUUCAGCAUAAAUGUCUGUAAUGGGCUGUUUUAUGAAGAUGCGCGGAUUUUUAAAUGGUGUAAAGAUGUUUUCAGAUACAAGCGCUCAACACACUUUUGCUGGAGACUUCGAAGAUGAUAACACCCAUAAAAUGAAAAACAUCCGAUCAUUGUUUUACCGCAAAACACUCUAAGUUCUUUAACACAUGAUCAGCACUGGUUUGCAUUUCUGUUGUAGACCUCAUUGAGUCCAGAUACAUUUUUGGAUAACAGCCUAACUCUGGCCCGUUCGAAGACCCUUGUUCUUCUGCAAAAGCUUUUCAACGACAGUCUAAAGACGUAAGAAGUGGUUUUUAACUUGUUAUUAGAUAUGAUCAGGGCUUUGCCUACAAACUGCCCUAGCACUUGUAACAAGAAUUUGAUUGUGUCCUUUCUACGUAGACCUCAAAAUAAUUAGAGGAAACUUUGUCGUUGACCUGUUUGUUAAAUACUUUAAAACCACGCGAAGUGACCUACUCAUAAAUCGGUAUAUCGUAUUGACCUUGCUUAAGAACGAAAUCCCUACCCAGAGACUUUUAAAUAAAACAAUGGAUAACACUCAAAAGGCACAUAUCUAGUCAAAACUCUUUGGACGGUUUAAAUGAUCAGUCCUGCCUUCUGAAGUUAUCACGAGGACCCAUUGACUAAAAUCUUCCAGAAAGUCUGCGAACUCGGAGCAUUUUCGACCCUACAGUUGAUAAAACCGUAGUAUCACGCUUGUGACUGCAGAGUUUGACACCGUUGUUGUCUCCGCCGGUUUCCAAUGUCUGGUGUUGGUUUCUGGCGCUCUUUGCCCGUAGGAUAGUUUUGGCAUCCAUUUUUCAAUUUUUUUCCGCCCCAUUUUGCUUUGUGCGAACACGUGGCAUGGAUACGCGACCAGACAAAGCAGCCUCGGUUUGGACUAAUUGGUGGACACCAAAAUGUAGGUCAACGACAGAGCUGCCGUCGUUCCUCUACCCCGGAGCCCGUUAUCAAACUAUCCGCUCCGGCUUUGGACACCGUCAGCCGAUGGGCUGCCUCCCCGGAUGACGCAUCAGAAUAAUAACUGACAUUCCACUGGCAUGCCAGCUCAGCCACCUGCCCUGCUACGAAGGCAAUAGGGCUACACUUGACAGAAAGCACAUCCAUUCAACAGCUUUCCUGUCCGUCCAAAUUUAGAAUUAUUUUUCGGUUUUGUCAUCGGAAAUUUUGAAUUGGAGUUAUUACCGGUCCAGAUAAUAGGGGGCUGCGGCCAUCAUAGACAUAGCAACUUCGCUAUACCGUAUGUAAUCUGAUUCCGUCUUUACUAUUUGACCCGGAUAAGUGGCUGACGCAUUUAAGCGGUAACCCUAGCAGCCGUAGUUUAUCGUAAGUUCAAACACCCUAUUUCCAAUAGGGACGUUAUACCAAGCCAAAUUUGCAGAGGAAGCCAAAGAUCCUAACGGUCCUUGCCAUUCUGUGAAAUUACUAAUCCGCGCAAAUCCGAAAAGCUCAAUAAAAAGGAGACAAUAAAAUUAGAUAUUCCAUAAGUAAGUUUUUGGUAUACAUCUGAUUUUCUCUUCCGUAACGCCGAAGGUUUCAUGCAGGUCAGUAGACUGACCAUCCUUUGAUGAAAGGGCCCUUAAACGUCAGCUUCGGAUUCAGAGACCGGUUCUGCGACUACAGUUUUCAGCAUCCUGCUUUUAGCCUUAACGGGCCCUUUUUCCACGUCUUCGAGUUAUAACUGCCUUCGUGUCCGCCGACCAAAAAUAAACCGAGGGACACAGAGUUCGUAUGCCAAUUCAGAAUCUGCUUACUUUGCAUGACCCGCGUUUUCGCUACAGUACUUGGAUCUACAAAAUUAGUGGUGUGUUACGCCUUUGUUAUUCCCCUAGUUGACCUAUGAGAAGAAAUACAGUCAAAGACAGCGGUGCGACACAUGCAGACUUCUUGCUGAAUGUCAGCAGGAAAGACAUUUAGUUUUUCCCUUCUCCUCCGGUUUUAGUCGAACAUUUGUUUAACGAAACAAUCCGGUUUGUCAAACAGGUGAUAUCCCUUGUUUAAGAUUUGCUCAGCCUAUACCAUCGUUGGAAGGACUAGGUGCGUGAGAUAGUUUUUAAAUCUGUAAAAAAAUUGACACAAAUUAGAGACCAAUAUUUUCUCAUCUUACUGCUAAAACGGUGGGUUUCACGAGACAUAUUAGGUCCUCAGUGGUAAAACGGAUUUUUACAGGGUUUAUAAUUUAGUAUAAUAGCAAGUCCGAAGUGCGUGUUUAGCCCAUGGACCUCCAAAGUGGUUGUUUCUGCCAGGUACACCCGUCAAAGUCACACCCUAUUGGACUACAGAAUUGAGUUUAACCAAUCGGGUCAGUCCUCCCUUCCAAGGUUUGGUUAUCACUUUUUAGGACUUCUGUUACUGAUUGGGACCUCACGUGGUCAGUUAAAGUUUUACUUUUUUACUUGAACUAGUCAAGAGGUCAGUGAAGUAAAAUAUGUUUUUUUCCGGAAAGUCGCUACUUCAGAGUUACACAGGAGUGGCGUGCUCCAAAAUCUUGACUGAAAGUACUUGGUGGGUGGCUCAACGUAAUGCUUUUCAAAUCCAUUGAUCUUAAUUUGAUUCUGUUUUUAGAAAAACCAUUUCGGGGUAGAAUAUUUUUGUCUUUGUGGUUCGAAGUGUCAGUAUAUAAAUCUGUUCUGCAAAUCUGUCUUCAAUGCUGGCGAUCAGGGCAUUUUUCAUUAUCCUUAAAAAAGCCCAAAGCAGGCCACAUAAACAUUCAUUCUUUUUAACUUUUCGACAUUCACGAUUCUCGGCCAAGGUUUCCGGGACAGAUGUUUCUGUUGCCAGACGCCCGCCCAACAUUUCAUCAAUUCCGUGUUGUUAUAGCGGAAAGACUGAUGAGGACCUUACUCGAAGUGAGAGAAUAACACUUCUGAAGGGGUGAAAACGAUAUCAGUCCAUCCACAUUCCAAUAUCAAUCAGUUCAUGAUUUUCGUGUAUAACAAAUCACUUAAUGCAAACGGACUGCUCGAAACUCAAGAUGCUCCAUGUUUGGGCUACAGUUUAUUAGCUUGUAUGGUAUUUUUGAUACUUUGCCUAACCAUGUGCAAUAUCGGUAGGCUGUCCAUGCAGCAAACCACAUACAAAAGUAUCCUUGUAAUUAUUUGGAUAUAUAGUAUUUGUGGAAUGAACGAUAAUAUCUACCACAAUACGUCAGGGGCCACAAUGCGCUCACAUCGUAUUUUGUUGUUUGAUAGCAUAGUAACUAGUGCCAAGUAAUUAUGUUGAACUUAGAGGCAAUCCUCGGACUGCGAGUUUUCGUGGAACAGUGACAUUGAUUGCUGAAAAUGUUGCUGGAGAUAGCAGUGAAGAACUGCCCCCAGUCUUGAAGCUCGAUUUAUUUGAGGUGUAUGUCUACAAAGCUUCUGUACUCAAAGUUGCCCUAUCAUCAAUCCUAAUGACUUUUCGACAAGUCCAGCAAGUUACAAUGCAGAAAUUGAUAAUCUACACAUCGUUUGUUGCCUCGGUUAGGUGGGAGAUGGCUCCACAUGUCGUUAACGCUUUCUACAACCCACGAGAGAAUCAUAUCUACUUUCCCGCCGGAAUUCUUCAAAAGCCCUUCUACGACACCUACUAUCCUCUGGCACUGAACUAUGGAGGCAUCGGUGUGGUUGUUGGCCACGAAAUUGUGCAUGCCUUCGAUAGGCAAGGUUAGUUGUCGUUUCGGAUUUUGAGCCAUCUUACUUGUUCUUUAAUAAAUAUUUUGAGGGGGUUUAUAUAAAGUAGGGCUGUUUAAGAAACUGAGGAUGAUUAAAUGAAUUGACACGGCGAAGAAAACAAGAUAUUUUACGAGAUGCUCGAUAAAAUUGCCAGCCAACUUUUCGCAGGUGCUUUUAUCUGUUUGGUUUCAAGUGUCUUGUGUUGCGAAAUUCCAAUCGCCACACUAGGCAAGCCGAUGGGGGACUGAUUAUAGUCGGGCACUUCCUUUCCAGCACAACUAAUAGCUCGUCUAUCCUACUCGCGAUGAGCACCUCUAUGUUUCUUCUCAGUGACGCGACACGGAUCAGUAGUUGCUUAGACAAUUUCACCGCCGAUCCACCAACCUCGUCAAUCUUUACUUUUUGCCUCGAUACAGUUUAGCGACUAGUAGAUGAAUUAUUUUACUAUCCAGGGCCUGCUGGGUGCGCGUGCAGCCAGAUUCCUUUUCGUAGCUUUUAUUUAGGACCCCGUAUCGAUGACAUUUGGCGUUUAGUGAAUACCUGCUUGUUUUAUUGCUGUAUUCUAUGGUUUCGUAUGUUAGCAUGCGGUUUACUCUUCUAAUGCCUUCUCACCUCCUGCGAUUCUGCUAGUGCGUGAUAAUUCACGACCGGAUAACAUCUCACUUAAAACUGAAAAACUAAUCUCCCAUGGGAGUUCACAAUGAUCUGAAGGUAAUUGGUAUAAAUUCACCCCAAUAAAGUCUUUUCUCGGUUGGUGCGUAAAGAAGGAAAACAAGAAAAACCAAUUCUGAUGCUUACAGUGGCUGAUUUUUGCAUUUGUCUCCCAUCGUUUUAUUAUACCAAGUUUUUGGCAUUUUUAAACAUCACGGUUUGCCUGCAGACGGACAUCUAUGCAGUAUCAAAACUAGGCAUGUUUGUUAAUUUGGUCCUCCGUUUAGCCUCGCCUCUGAUACACCGUCUGAAGUAAAGAAGGUUCACCGGAAACAUGGUUUCAUUUAUCCCGACUUUUGAAAUUAUGUGGAACGUCAUCUCUAGAAAUACCAACAGAAAUAAUCUAAGUUGAAUUCAGAAGGCAUUUAUACCAAAGAAACACCAGCAUUGUAAGACUUUUGCGAGAAGGAUAUCAGUAUGGCGGUUACUUGAAUUUCCAUCCUAGAUACAAGUUAAGAUUAUAAUUUCCUUUGAAAGCAUUGAGUUAAAUCCUUUUAGAUUGCCUCCGAUGUUUCUAUCAAUAUCCAUGUUUUGUGUUCAUUGGUUCAACAGUAUAGUUUUUUAACUCUUGCGCCUGUCAAGCGAACAGUAAGAAGUGUUUAAUACGCAUAUAUUCGUGGGAGUUCACCAUACAGAAAACGCGGAUGCCAACCGAAAGCCCAGUCACGUGUUCCGGCCAUUUUCUGCGACUGCAAGAAAUUUCGCUCCCCAGUGCAUGCCCGACGUCCCCCAUGUGGUUUCUGGUCUAACUCCAUGUUAAAAAUGAGAGUCAUUACUUCUUCUAAAAUUAUUAAACGAACCUGGCGCUAUGAGACUAAAACCGGACAUGUCUGUGCGCUCCCCACAUUUCUGCAAGCAGUUUUUGGUUAUCUCGUGGCAAUCCAGGCCUUAACAGCCGCUACCCUGAGCCCUAAUGUACAUUUUUUUGCUUACCACCAUCGUGGUAUUGCCACACUUUUUGUCCAACUGCCUGUCGCGCAAAGACUCGCCGCCUUUACUGCGAACAUUUCCAGACUCUCUGAUCUUCCUUUCUGACGGUCUGCAAAAGGAACACACGAACGCGUCUGAAGGCAAUACUUGCGCCUGCAACUCUCGAAUUUACUCCUACAAAUUUAUAAAAGCACUCCACGCCACCGUAGCUGUCGCAGGCAGGAUGUAACCCUGUUCGCAUACGCUCUCGCCUCGCCAGCGGUUCUGCUCACUGAAAUAUCAGUUGAGGCAUCUGCGGAGUGCAACCCCCCUUUUGGCCUCUUCCAUCUUUUCCAACGAAUUAGACUUAACUUUUUGUUGUGGCGCUUAAGGCACGUUCAACCCCUUAACUGUCACAUCAUCGUUACCAAGAUUUCGUUACGAAAAUGUGUAAAAUAUACCGCCCGCAUUGUUGCUUCUGUCACCUCCGGCGAUUGCUUCUCGUGUGAACUCAGCAGCUCGGAAAAAUAAGCUGUUCUCCUUUCGUUACUUUAUCAAAAUAUGGGAGUGGAGCAUUUACUUCUCUGCAUCAAAUUUCCUGUUUUCCGGCACGUUCGUGUUGUUUUUACAAAAUCCUUCAAAGGUUACGACUGGUUGCGGUCUGACAUCCUGCCUGGUCUAUUCCGCCUUAUUAAAGAAUGACACACUCUUCUAGUGCGUAUCGAAUUAGAUGUUUUUGCUAUUAACAGACGUAGACGUAUUUAGCGUCCACCAAAAAAUUCGGAGCUAGACUUAAGCUCACAAUCCACAAAAACACCCGAAUAUGGUACAAAAAAUGUUUUUCAUCGGAGCAUGGUUCACUUUAAUUACGUCCUCUGACGAAGAAAAAUCCCCUCUUCGGGAUUAAAAUAGUUAGUAUUUGUUGUCGUAACCCGAUUUUAUGAUACGAAAAAUGGGACUUAUAGGAAAGGGUACUUUGUCUGCUCAUGAACUAGGCAAUUUUGACCAGAUUUUGCACAAGGUGCUUAAAUUGUUAUAUUUUUUUGUCGCAUCUAGCAGAGACGAAAUUUAACUGUCACGUUAUACGGCAAGUUCAUCGGUUUUCUUGAAAAGGCAGGAUUUUAUUUAUGUACAUUAGGGUUUUAUGAGACAGGCAAUCCCCGAGAGAAUAGCACCCUUUUAUUUAAAUUUAUACUGAUGCACAAUACUCAGUACGGAAUGUAUAGACAAGAAGUAUAAAAGUAAAAACGCACUGUUUUUUCCGGGAGUCCAUAGAAACGAAUAAGACAUGAAGUGGAUUGCAAACACCCGGAAAUUGGUGUUCGUUGAUACACAAGGAAUUUUGCAAUACUUAGCAGUGCUGAGUUCAAAGAGUGAAACACCGUCUUGAGCUGGUGGUCAGUAGAAAUUUUUCAGGACGAAGUUGUAAUGGGGGUCUGGGAAUGCAGAAAGCAAUCACAUGUAGAGGGUACACAGCAGAUGCACGGAUGCCUGGAAUGACCUUUCUGGCAUAUUUGCCUUCAAGCGCCUGUAAGGGAUAAUGAUGAGUUUCAAGGCAAAAGAGAACGAGUACUUUCCUUCAUGCAGUCAGUCAAAGGGACUUCAACUUAGUUUUAGCCAUUUCGUUAUUACUUUACACGCCAUCGGUCAAUCCUUGAGUCAUCUCUAUUCUGCUUAAGUUGUUUUCCGAUAGGGAAGAUUUUAUCAUCUGCGAUGAUUGAGCGAAAACAAUCGUUAGAUUUGGGGGAUUUUUCCAUUGCACAAAUACUUUUCUUAUUCCAAGGCGCGUUACUUUUUCUGUGCUUCUUUAACAUUCAUAAAUUUCAAUUAAGCAGCAAUUCAAUUCAAGCAGCAUUCUUCAUCUCACACUUUCUUCUGCUAAGGAGUACUCUUUAAAGUUUUUGGCUUGGAAGCAGUGAUUCACAAAUCAAAUGGCUUGUGGGUCACAGAAAAUUUUAUCGUCGAACAUCGAGCACGAAUUUCCUGAUGAAAGGAUUCAUAGUGGGAGAGUGAAGCAGGGGAAAUAUUUUGUCGAAAUGAGCAGAUAAGGCUGUUGAUCAAGUGAUCAAUUAAUGAGCCUUCAAAGGAACCACCCUCCACUUGGUCUCGGUGCUACCGCCUUUUAAAGUUGGAAUUAAAGCGUGCGGACACUAUUUAAAAUGCCCUAUUUUCAUUGUCACUGGGGCCUUCCAUCCUAUAGUUCACAGGAUCGAACUCAUAAUUUUCAGCACAGUUUUUCACGUGGGAAUAGAAACUCUCGAGUCGACUGAAGAGGAAUAUUGCCUCAUGAAAAUGGCUUUUUGAAAAUGUCGCCUGAAGAGAUAUUUUGUCUUGCGUUUGGCGCAUGUUAUCGCCCAGCCAAUCUCAAGGACUGCAAUUUGCGAAGAAUCGUUGUACUAUCUAUGGAAUUGGAAGAGACUGCCGUGGUUCCCUCUAUGCAGUUUUCUUCUUCCCAUCAAAUUCGGCUGCGCGGCCGAUAACUGCGUAGCAGUAUGAUAAUUGCACCUGUGCUUGUCGUAAAUGUCAAACUGUGCUGGCCGAUAAUUGUGCCAGCUUGUGAUGGAUGCACAUGCGUCUGUUUUAUUUUGUUUAAAGACCUGAAAUUUACGGUCUUCCAUUUUACUAUUUAUUUUUUUCAUACUACCAAUUUUAUAGUCCUUCUGGACUUCUGUGAUAUCAGCGAUCAGAGAUGGAUAGUUGAGAAAAUACCCGAUAUAUCAGACGGUGAUUUUAUCUAGCCUAAUGUUGACAGUUCUCAGAAGUUCAGCCUGUAAUUCUUAUUUAUUCUUUCUUAAGUGCAUGAAGUUCCCUGGACGAUACUUUAAUUUUAUAGGUGACUUCUGCCAAAAGGACCCUAUUAUACAUGCAUAUAUAUAAGAUUUUAGACUUUUUGUGUUCUAAGCUGCCGUCCAGACAUCCUACCGGUGUCCGAGGUACUCCUUUACUGGCAUGGUAAAUUUUCGGAGUGCUUGCAUGACCUCGGAACAAUUGUUCUAACCGUCUUUGACAGGUCUGUUGGAAGAAUGCAAAAGUAGUCUUCAGGGGGAACUUGUCGCCUGUGUGAUUGAGAUACUGACGCUUUUGCAAUGUUAAAAAACGUGACAUCUUUUCGCAUGCUGCAACGUGCCUGGAUCCCAAAAGGAGUUUCCACAUUUGUUCCUCAUAAUUCUGCCGAAAGACAAUGACCUCUUUACGCGUUUGCAUACACAGUGCCAACGUCGAGAAUGACGCGAGACAUCGAAAGGGAUAUUACUUAUUUAUUUGUCGUCGAGUCAUCCACCUACGUUCUGUUCCAGAUUUAGAUAAAUCAGGAGUCCAACUACUACAAUGCAAGUACAGCACGAUCCUAUGUGGCAAACUGGGAUUCUGGACGUCACGCAGUACCAUAAGUCACAAAUUUCAAGAUAAACUACGCUACUUUAGAUAAAUCAAUAAAAUAUGGUAAACAGCAUAAUCUGACCGGUCGUGCAGCGUUUUCUUGUUGGUAGGGUAGCCAGUAUGAGCGGAGUUAGUCUUCGCACUUACGAAAACCGACGACGACAGUUCGAUCGUCGAUGUUUGCCGUGUGUCCCACAACGAGCUGGCUUGGGCGCGAAUUGGUUUAUACCGACAACAAAUUUGCGCCGCAACCAGCACACUCUCCUCACUAACACACCAGAGCUCGCUGUCAAGACAGACUCAAGAACAAAGGUGGUGUAGGGUGCAGUGGUCCGGAAAGCUAAACAGCUCCUGUACGUGCCUUUCACGCGCCUGACCAGCGCAUGAUGGGCCAGGUUUUCAAGAAAACAAAAAUGAGGCGACUCGGAUCCCAACUGUCUGACAAUGCUAUAAAGACCACCCUAAGAAGGAGCCAUUUCAGACUAACACUCUGUCCUGAUAAAAGAACCGAGUUAACAGGUCAGCUGACAGCCUUUCAAACCACGGCUUUUAGCCCACCGUGAUAGUUUAGAAGUGGCUCAGACUGUAUGUUGGGGAAGUUGAGUCGAGUGCCGUGGGGACGCAGUCCCCAGAAUCAUUCUCACUCCCUUUUCCCACUCCCAGGCAUCAGUACUUUGUCCGAGCCGGUCAGUUAUCUUUAGCGGGGAUUGCGAGCAAGUGGCUGGCGCGACGUAAGCCGGUGCGUAGGCGGCCCAUCACGCUGCUCAUGUGAAGCAUUUUUUAUGAGUACGCAAACAUAAUAGCGCGUGCUUACUCCCUGAGUAUUCCCUUAUAGGGUUCAAGUCACAAAACCCAGUUGCGUGAGUUUUAUCGCUUGACGUAAUAGUUAAGGAUUUCGCUCACCCUUUCUUUGGUUCGGGUGAUUCAUGAGCAUUGUAAACAAACAGCAUUUUACGGUGGGAUUUGAGUAAUAAACGAAAAUCGCAAGUUCCAUAUUUUGGAUAAAAGCUGGUUAUCAGCAUCUUCUGUUAGCAGAUUUAAGUACUAAUGGGGCACUUUUGAGUUGGAUGCUUUUUAUGGGUCAAGACAGGACAUCAAAAAGACAUUUUACUUUUUAGUUGCAUGCAGUUGUAAUUAGCACAAACCAUGAUGCGAUAAACACAUAGUGAAUUCAGGUAUUUUACGUUUUUACCUCUUCACUGUUGUUUCCGAAGCAAAACACGUUUCGCAUUGUAAGACGUCACCUUGGUUUUACUUUCUGCCCUUGAAUCCCAGGAAACGAUGGGCAAUACAAUUAAAACAACGUUUAUAGCCGUCGAAAGCCCUUAAUUAGGUUGUUGGAAGGUCACCACUAAACGUUUGUCAUUUUGAAGUUCGUCGGAACUUCUUAUCUGAACUAUAAUUGUACUGUAUGCUAAGCCUAAUGCAUAAUUGUCGUUAGGUUAUUUUUUGUUCCAUAGUUACUGCAUUAAAAUCGAGUUUGCUUUUCCAAAUGAUUUUUUACUAUUGAGCGGAUUUCAAAGUUACCCAAAAUGAAAAAACCCUGUCUUAUCUAAUAGUGAGAAGAUUCUUUCUAAAAUCACCUGGGAAAUACGCCGUUUAUUGUAAUUGCACUGCUGUUUAAAGAGCAGAAGAUUAUUCUAAAAGCUUGGCGACGAGGACAAGACACCAGAAUUUGUGCUGUAAGUGGGCUUUUCUGAAUUUCGUUUAAGGUUUAUAGCAGUCGGAUAAGUUCCGUCCCAUAGUAAUGCGACACUGACGAAUAACGCGCCACGUUGCGUUAGUUAGGCAAGUUAUAUCACAAAUCAAAAUAUUCUGACAAUGAUAAAUGGGUCUUCUUUGGUGGAUAUACAUAUGUAUGGCAUGCAGACAAAUUAUGUGAAAUUCUUUAAGCGCUCUUUUUGAUCAAAAUCCUUAGGCAAAUUUAUUUUUAUUAAAAGAUUAUUUCUGACAUUGAACUGUAGGCUCGACUUAUUUAACAUAGACUUUUGUUAACUUUUCCCGUGCUUACAAAGGAGGAUGUUGUAAAAUAAUGUCGUAACCAUUUGAUAUUGCACUUAUCAUUAGAUUUUAUGAAAAACAAGAUAAAGUCACUUAUAUCACAGAAACCGUUGUCUGGACAAUAUGAUAAGCCUCAUAUGCACAAUGUUUGAAAAAUACAGUCGCAUUUUCCAUGUAAAGCCUUGUAAGAUUCUUGCCAGUAAUUCCCUUUCAACUUUUCACCUCAACAAAUUACAAUCCAAGCUAAAGUUUGCAACCGGCAAGUAAGCGAGCUCAUUUUUAUCAUACUGAUAUUGGGAAAACAUGCUACGUAAUAGGGGAAAUUGUUGGUAAUAGUUGCCAAAUAGCGUCACUGUCAUCUUGCACGUGUAAGUUUUUUUGGAAUCUAAAAUUUUAUUUGUUACUCAGACUUACUGGUAUAAGUGAGAAUGGUUGCUAGCUGUUUAAAGAACACCCAUUUACUGCAAAAAAAUUUAUUUAUUAAAAAAUAUGAACUAGUAGUGCCAUUAUUUCAUCGUUUCUGUAUUGGCGAAAUUCGACCUCCAACUGGGAUACGUCGUCGUGUCAAAUGGCUGAACUACUCUUUUAUCCGGAGAGAGUUUCUCUAAGUCAGCGCAUUAAUUUCUGAGGAAAUUAAGAAAAACUGAAACUACGUAUCUGCAUUCGCUAACGUUUUAAGCAACAAUGUCGCUCUUAAUACGACAAUCAGUUCGUGAAUGUAAGAUCUAAAAAAGACUAUUGCCAUAAAUUAUUAAAUUAUAAAAACCUGCACCAUCACAGAUUUUUCACACUUUCUCGCGUCAACACAAGUUAAAUUAGGCAUGGAUCUUGCAAUCAAGUUUGAUUAGUUCUCCCUCUCUCAGUGGAAAUUCAGUGUGCGACACUCCUUUUAACACUAGUAAUGAUGUAAGCAACGAAUUCAGUCGAAAAACUGUUGGUCAAGAAAUGCAUAGACCCAUCCCAGUAUUACACAUGAGAGGUACUUGGUUUAGGCCUCAUUUUCAAGCGUCUGGAACGAGUCGAUCAGUCCCUCGACCUUGGUCGUGGUCAUUCGUUGAAAAUCUUUAUCGACAUUUUCCUUUGAGGUUUAUCUUACCCAUUAAUGUUGUAUUCAACCGUUCCGCCUCCUAAACUCAUUUAAACGGAAUUUUUAGGCUCAAAGUACGAUGCAAAGGGCAACCUGCGACAAUGGUGGAGCGAGAGCACUCGAACCGAUUUUGAAAAGAAUAGCGAGUGCAUGAUCCAUCAAUACGGUAACUACACGGUACAAGGAAAGAAUGUGAGUACUGUUAGAUGGUCCUCCUGUUCCCAUACUUGUCAUUGAGUCAGUCGAGUGGUUGAGAAGUGGUCGAAAUAAUCUGUGCGCAACCUACAAUCUAAACAGCGACUACUAAAACAGUUGUUUCAACACGCCUUUCCUAACAGAAAUAGCUGUCACGGCUCUUAUCUGCGUCCAAAAACGGCAGUUGAGUUGCAGCGAAAAUGCGUUUUCAACAAGCCUUCAAUGGAAAUGCUGGAAUAUAUCUUCGGAUUUACGUUAACUAGUGCACUUUUUCUAAAACCUUUUCCUGUGUAAUUAUUAAACUCUGCAUCUGGGUAAAACGCUAGAUGCACAGUAGGCAAAUAAGCCUUCAUGGCGGAAAAACGCGGUGAGCUAUUUGGCACCGGAAGCUAAAGAUCGCCUGAGAGAUAGUAUUUCUGGCCAUGUUGUGACUAGAUAUAGGGGUAGAAUAAAAAGUUAGAAUUGAAGAAUUCUACCCUUACUCAAUGCGGCUAUGGACAAGUCUGAUCAAGAUGACGUCAUUCUACCUGCGCUGACCUCCAACAGCCGAGUUACUUUGCUUGGUCCACCCUCAACCGACAACGUCCGAAUACGGUAAAACCUAGGAUCAAUUCAAAACUGUGACAAAUUUGUAUUGAGCCUGGUUUGAGUGGACCUAAUCAUCCUUAAUGUUUAAAUAACAGUGUCGGUUUUGGUGCAGUAACGAUGAACUAAUGAAAUGGUCGACGAACGGCAUGGUCAAACCAUCAUAGCCAUGCUUUUGAACGACCUGAGAUGACUAUGCGACUUUGUUACGAUAACAGGACUGAUUACAUUAGGGAUACUUUUUUUAUAUGUUUACCCACGCCGAAGCUUCGCAGUAGAAACUACCAGCUGCAUGCUUGUUAGCAAAAUCUUAUCAAUAGUUUUGAUAGCAAAGGUGUGAAAAGUCAAAGGCUUGCUUCACUCAUUUAUAAUGAUCCGUAUGGGCAUCAGGCCACGAUAGGGAAGCCAAUCACGAAGUAGACACACGAUAGUUCGACCAUCGAUUUCGAUUAUGUCCACCGUGUGUCCCACAGCAGGUGGUGGGAUCAGGGACGGUGACUUGCGCAGGGGUUUAUAGUGCCAGUAGACUUGCGUUGCAUCUACCUACACUCUCUCCUCCUCCCCCGCAUGAGCCCGGUGUCAAGACAGAGUCAAGAAGACCGGAGACGAGGGAAGCCGCAGGUGGGUGGCUUGGACAGAACCUUACCUUGGCGCUCCACUCCGCACCCCCUGGUCCACACAACAAAUGACCAGGAUUUUGACCACGAAACGAUGGGGUGAUGGCAGUGGUCCAGUUGUGCGACGAGUUCCGACAACAGGGUCUGCCAGCGCACCCCGAAAUGUUGGCAUUUGUUACUGCGAACAGAUAACGCCUGACAGGAUCUGAUGUGGCGCCCGUGUUGGUCCAGCGCGUCUAACACGUGGCCCGUUUGGGGGGCAAACGAAGUAGACACAAUCGCAUUUUCAUUAACAUGGGAGAAUUAGUGCAGAAUGGGAAGAAACCAUCAUGAAUCCUGAAGACGAUAGUCCCCUUCUAAAGGCUACCGGCCGACAUACAUCCAAAGAGGCUUUCGACAAUUAAGAGCACAGUAAUAAGGACAUUCUAGUUUGUGCUGCCGUGAGAGUAAAUCAAAGGAUCAUAAAUAAGUUAUGGCCCACGUUUUUCAUGCCCAAUUAACUAGUUAAACUGAGUCACAGAUACAGUAGAUGUGCUAACUCAUGAAAUGUCAACCAAAAUUUCGAAAUGCGUUCUCGUUUCGAAAAGAUCAAUUAAGUAGUGUUGUAAAACUAAUCAUGAUGCAGCAUGAAUCUAUAAUGAUCCAGUUACCUCAGGGUGUCGGCUUUCGAAAGAACUUAUUUUCGGCCGCAUACAAGGUCUAUAGUCUGCAAAACAUGACUACUUAAGUAGUAUGCAAUUUUCUCAUGUAUUUUCGAUGCCCUUGAAAAUUCAAUUAUAUUUCAUGGAAAACAUGCAUAAAAAUAUUCAUUCUUUUACUUAUUCGGUAGAAAAUCACGUCUUCUUCCAAUUCCAUACUCAAAGGAAGAGUAUAAUUCGGUUUUAAAAAAGUUUCUAAUUGUGAGAUUUUUUAAUAUCGUUAAAUGGCCGUUCAUGAAACGUCAUGUAUCUGCAUUUACGAAUGUGACUUGUAAAGUUAACAAUAUGGCAUGCAUUUCUGUACGGUGUUAAGAGGAGACCAUAUGAGGUUCAUUAAAUUAAGCAGCGGAUUUGAGCAAUAUUGUAAGUGAGGAGAGAGAUUUACCUAAUAAAACUGUUAGGUCUAUUUUCCUAUGCAUGAAAAUUUUUGAAUACGAACUGCGGUAAGGUUAAAUAUAAUGACGAUGGCAGUUUGCAAGUAAAUGAGCCGAAAACUGUGAAGCACCAGAAGGACAGACUGCAAACUUUAACGAUCGUAAAAGUCUCAGGCGUUACUAUCAACUCCUAAUUUCACGCCAGGAGUCAUUGGUUUGCUAAGUUAACAUUCGUCUUCUGCAUAAUUAAUCAAUCAGUGUGAAGGCUGAUCCGGGUCUACCAGAAAUUUACCAAAGUUACUCUUUAAAAAACAAUUUUUUGACUUUGUACACUUGCGGACAUUUACUAAUUCUCAUUUCGAGUUAUGCAUCCAAUAAUCGUUGUUUUGUCCUAUCCUAACUCCCUGGUUUUUGCAUCUUUUAGGUCGACGGCCAAUUAACUUUAAGCGAAAACAUUGCGGACAACGGCGGUCUGAAGGCGGCAUAUAGGGUAAGUACGUUAUUAUCCUCCUCUUUGAAUGCAUAAAAACUGGUAAAUUCGUUGAACCUUUGGCUAUAUGUAUACCAUUUAAAAAGUGACGUCUAUAUGGGGUGGAAGUUACAGUAGUGAAGGACUUAUUUCUAAAAAUCCUUUUUUGACCAAAUAUGCGUUCAGUAAAUGUGCCUGUAACGUAUUACAUCAGUUAUAUUUACUCCACUCCCUCAACUACGAAAUGUUGCGUGAGAAGUCCAACAACUUUGGGUUUUUCGAUGCAAAUAGACGUUCACUUAUGCCUAAAGUAAGGUCUCACCUGUAUUUUGGAUCUGCACAUCCGGUCAAUGAGAACUCUGCCGUAAAAAUUUAAAUUAUCUUUACAAAUUACGCGUGGUUCUGCUUCAUGUAAAAUACUUUGCCUGCCAUCUUAGCAUUUUGAUGAGUCUUGCCCAAAUGAAGUGUUUGCACAAUCUUAUUUAUUGGAUAUUUCACCGAAAAACUGUAUGGGAGUUAAAAUGCGGUGAUAUAUAUGUAUGUGAAAUUGUAUUAUCUGCAUUUAUCUGACUUUUGACUGUUCAUAUAACACAGACGUUGCCGCUUAGCAUACGGCCAAAUAUAUUUGACUUCUCAUAUGUAACGUAGACCAGAUCGAUAUUUGUAACCGAUUAGACUCUUGCAUAAUAGCACCCUGUCCAUCAAGUUACGAUUAUGUCUUAGACUAUUGCUUGUUUAAGGCGCACGAUUAAAUAAACCCUGCCAGUAGUACACCUACAGGGGUCAGACCCUUGUUUUUGAAGUCUGUUCGGGCGAAGCCUUGAAGAAGGAAACUCAUACUCUGACUGGCUGCGCUGCACAGUAGGUACACAACUUUCUUCUACAAAUUGUUUCUCCUGCCUGCCUUUUACUCGUAGUUCACCGAGUAUACGGUGCUUCAUCGCGUUAGUCUAAUUGCCCAUGUAACGAACGGCUGUCACAUUAAGCCUCUGUCUGCAAAGGACUCUCUUUCACACCUCUGUGCUACACCAGGGUUUGUUUUUAAAGGAGACCUUCAGUUAGUUAGUGGUUAGACUGCGUACCUAGGAUCUUCCUUAGAAAAAAAAACAGUUGCCUGGUUCUUCGUCUAGACAGGCGUAAAUAAACAGGCUUCACAUGGACGGAGCAGGAAAUGACUGACUGCAAACAGUCAAGCCUUAUAGCAAGUGGGGAGCCUUGGCGACCUAUUUUAUAGACCAUAGUGAGGACCCCCUGCAUCCGCGCAUAUUCGGACGCAUUCGUCUACUUUGGAUACAAUAUUUUAGAAGGAAUCUGAAAAGAAUGGCAGAGAAGCAAAUUCUCUGUCCAUAGGUAUUUUGUACAAAAGUGAAGGAGAGUAAAGUGAACGAUUUUUAUUAUCCUCAUCACCUAACCAUCCACAUUCCGACUCCGGACAGUAAAAACGUGAGAUAUGAUCGUUUUAGCCGUUAAGCUUCACGUUCUGGCAGUAGAGCCACGGGCUCACGCUAUGUCAGACGCGAUAGUGAGAAGUCGACGUCACGCAAAACUGACGUUCGCUGCAGAAUACUCGUAUGCAAAACUAUCGCAAGAAGGUCUAGUAUUAGCAGAAUGUUGAAGAGAGGAAGAGCAGGGAUGGAAUACCAGCAGCCUGUGGAAACAGGAACGUCUUUUAUUUCGCACUUUUAUUUUACCUCCUGGUCGAAAACACUAGUUUAAGCAUGGAGUCGGGUUUCUCCACUCACGUCUGUGAUGGAGUAAAUUUGACUCCAGUCGCUUCGGUGCCGCAUGCACACAAACCAUGUCAGGCGGCCCGUCCCACUCCAAGCAAUUACAGACCAUAUCUCAAUAAUAGCAAGCAUGACUUUGCAAGGUGUUUCCAACUGAAAACCCCAGUGAUCUAUUGGAUGCUGACCACGAUCAAGACUUUUUCAACGAGCGGUUACUAUCGUUCCUUAAAAGUGGGUUGACGUCGGCGCAGUUGUCGCUCUUGAGUUAAACACCUUUUAUGGCGAGUAGGCGCUUCACGACCACCGCUAAAAACCGUCUAACUAGAGGUCUAUUAGCAUUUAAAAUAAUGAGCCGCGAUUAUCAUGCAUAAUUCUUUGCCUAUGAGCGCAUGCACUGCCCAAAUGCCAUACAUUUCCUAUUUUAAGUUUCUUGCCUUAACGCCUUUCUCCCCAUGCUUAGGCAUUUAAAAGGCUCCAAAGCUUGCAGGAGACCCCGAGACAACUGCCAGGCCUAAACCUCACAAUGGAUCAGUUAUUUUUCAUCUCCUUUGCCCAGGUUAGACUUAUUAGAUUAUGUCUGUCUCACACUCUAUCUUCAAUGCGUUAUUAUCGUCCCUUUGAAGGGACACAGAGUGCAUUCGUCUACGUAAGAAUUGGCCGUCUGUUGCAAUGCUAGGGAAGAAUGUGGAAGGCGUUGUCAUAAGCGGCCAUGUGUUUGCAUGGUGUUAGUUUAUGUGCACAUUUCUUUUGUUGGUAGGCACAACCUUUCAAAUUUCGGAACCAUUCCAGCUUGAAAGGUUCAAGCAGAGAGUGCGGGCCAUAGCCUAUCUUAUUGAGCCGUGACGCACCGAUCAGCGUUUGCCGUGAUGGCUUAAUGGAGGGGUAGUUACCCUUAGUUUCCGAAUUUUACGGCCGACGUCUCCAUUCACCUUUCCAACACUCAAUUCUUGACAGAUUGUGUGAAAAUUCCCCCCCCCCUUUCCGACCAUCUUUAGAGGUUAUGACGUGCCCAUUCACAUAACAAGUCAGCUGAAAGGCUUAGACAGGACAUUGGCGCAUGGGCGAGAGACAAUAAGACCACUAUAGAGGAAUCACUUCUCAAGGCAAAUCACAAUGAGUCUGACACGCAUUUUUAUGCGUCAAACGUCGCGGGUUUUAAUGCUGACAGUUGACGUAAGGCCACAGUGUUCUCUCCCAAAUGUGGCCUUUAUAGCACUUCUCACUUUUGAGCGAACCAAACCCAUGUGUGGCGCCUGGUAGAAGGUGAAUUUCAGACACGCAAAUCACUGUCUUCAAUCGCAUCCUCAGUCAGCUUGACCUGUAUAUGUCACCAUUGUAUGCGAGAGGAAAGAGAGAAAAAGUGAAUUGGGCUCAGUUAGUGUGUGAAAUGCUUAGACUGAUUGCUCAGCUCUGUCAGUCAUUGAGUCAACGCUCACAUCCGGACAUUUUGCUUUUGUCACGCCAUCUAAACGCGGUUAAUGUGGGAGGAUGGAGCUUGGUAUAUGCACAGCGCUUCGUUUUGCUAUAACCAAAUGUAUGCCCAAGUCCCGGCUUCAUCCACUUCGUGGGCCGAUGGCGAACCUCGUCCUUUGCGAUGGUUGAAUUAUAGUGUGUGCCUUGAUGCGGCUUUGCUUGGCGAAUCGCGUGGACCAUUUGAUGUCAGCAGGUGCGGGUAUCUUGCAUAAUGUGUGUCGGGAAGUCUAAAGUCCCUCCAACCAACUCAAAACGAGGUGCAGAGUUAGAAUACUUAGAGGGCGACAGGAACGCCUGACCAUGCAUUCCAAAAUAGGGGCUAUUUCUCUCCGGUCCAUGUCGGUAGUAUCGCCUCUCCCAGCCGAGGUGUCAUCCACAUACGACUGUGUUUGCUGACUUGUCAUCCUCAAAGUAGGCCGGUUUAACAUUGCCAACACUGACAAUGUCAGCUUUGCCAUUCCUCUGGGUGAUGAGGCCUCGUCAUGUUGGCGAAAACACUUGCACAGCUUGUCACAAGAAGACAUAGCCAACGACGAACGGCGUCGGGGCGGGCCAACACGUACUUGGAUGUGUCCAAGUAGGAGUGAGGAUGAAGGAGUUGAGCGUUCUUCCCCUUGGAGGCGCUCUGUGGAUUUUUCACAUGGAACGGAUAAGUUGAUAUAUGUUAAUGGAUCAAGUAAAAUGGCUUGCAAGUCUGCGGGAUCAACUACCUGACGGGUGAGGUGUGGGGCGAUGUCGUAAGCAAGCUUGGCUGCAGUGCAACUGAUGUCGGCUUCGCCGAUGGAGGGGAAGGAAGCAGAAUGAAUGAUGGGUUAUCAGAUCACCAGCUACGAUCAGACAAAACCUCCAGGGCCGUGCUAGCUCUCAGUGUCAAUGACAAAGUGCGGCAUGUCAUAUUGCGUAUGUGGGUAACCACAAAACAAGAAACGGUGGGGUGGAACAUGACAGAUCCCAACUGAGAGAUAUAGUUGUCUGUCACAGUGGUAUACACUUAACUCGUGACACCUAGUUUAGCAGAAAGGUUUAGGCGAAAAUUCUCUGAGAUGAAAAGGCAAAAUAUGUUUGUCUAAAUCGCCCACCUGAAUCCUUAAUCGUUGGAAAUGAGGGGACAGGAUCAGGUACAGAGCUGUGCAUCCUAGUUGAUGUUAGACUGGACAAAUAGGUCAGUGAUAAGUCCUACUGUCGCCUACACUAUAAGGUAGGGUUUAGCUGUAGAAGUCCUCGAGCACCUGACAUUGCAUAGACAUAGGAAGAAACGGACAUUAUUUUAGUGUGGGCGUCAUGAGAAAACUGAGAAUCUCAUUGGCGAAAGAGGCGAAGAAUCUUCUAACUAUACUAUUGAAGAUUCCCGUCGGUUUUGGGGUGUAGCUCUUGUCGCGGCUCCAGCUGACGUGAAGGCAUACGAUUCGGACGGAGUAAAGCAUCCGCAACCGUGUUUUGUCUAUUGUCGACAGGCUGGAUAUGGCGGAGUUAUUAGAUAGUUGGGCUCAAACGCCGAAUCUCAUGUGAAAAGUUACGAUCAGGAGUUGACUUAAGGUCGGGAACUAGUGGUUAUUGAUCGAUUUUACUGUUCAAACGUUGUCAGACUGCCAGUUUAUGCUGAGUUCAAGCACGUGGUCAAGCGUUGCCAUGGCCAUUUUCCGUCGGUUCGGAGCAGCGCGAGGUGUUCGAUGUAACUUCUGUACCAAUACGGUUAAUGCGACAAAUGACGGUGUGUUGACGUCCCAUCUGGUGAAAUUGCCUAAAAGGUGCAAUGCAUGAACAGUCCAGUAGGUGACCCAAGGCGAUGGGGUUUAGCUAAAUUUUGACUUUAAUAUGGCAUUAGACGCAAAGAUUGGCGAGACUGCCAAUAGACCGGGAAUCUUUCAGGCCGACAAGGUGUUCGAAACAAAGAAAUGGAUCGGCACUUAACACAGCGACACAGACAUUGCCACGCCCGAUAGAUAUGGGGGUAUCUUGGUCGGUCUAUUGGACGCGGCAGGGGACAGCACAGGUCAAGAGACGCCGGAAAUGGAACGCCAGCCGCCUGAGCAUCGGCAGAAGUUGCGGACUGAUGCAAUGUUUCACUUCUCAGACAGAGGUGACUGUUUUGUUUGUAACUGCCGGUCGUUAGAUGGUUAUGCUAGUCUAGGCAUAAGAACCGACGAGGAACUUCAUACCAUAGAGGUAGUGCGAUCCUAACGUUGGUCGCCUCAUCCCCGGUCAGUUCAUCUGCCGAGAGUUUGAGUAGGUACUUAAAAGACGCCUACUGGAAAAAACGCCUCCGCGUGGCGGUUUCGAUUUGCCGGCAAAUGCCUUUGAUAAAUGCUGUCUUCAGGCGAAAGAAGAUGAAGAAACGCGAAUGAAUUGGAGCUUUACAUCGGCAGCACGCACUGCACUUAUCAACGUUUUCCUACACUUACGCGGACUAAUCCUUACCGUACUGUUGUGUAUUCAUAGGAUCAUCAAAGGUCAGUUGUACUUGGUGUGAUCAGACUGGCGGUUAGGCCACUUUCGUCUAUCAGUGUAAGGCAAGGACCAACGAUAUGCGGCGUUAGAAGCAAAAGUAGAUUUUUAAGCGCUCAAAUAAAUCCAAUUGAGUAGAAUAAUAAGCAGCAUGGAGCGGCAACAGAGAAGAAAUUUGUUAUGUGCGGACUGGGCAAGUUGCAGUCAUCGGAUGGAGUGUAGGAGCUGGGCGGAGAUCCCGUGGAGGUGUGUGUGUGUGCAAGCGUCGAAUCAGUGUCCGCAUAUUGUAUGUUCAUCCCACCCACACAAUAUGUCCAGUCGCCUUGAUCUUGUCUUGCCACCAAAUCGUGCUGAGUUUGGCAAGAGUGGAGGCAGAUGCAGCUCAAGUAGGCUCCAUUUUAAGCAAAUUCACGCGCAAGUCAGCACUGUGCUCAAUCCGAGCUUGCGGUCCGCUAGCCUCUUUUGACGGUCGGCCUGUCGUGUGUGCGUGCUCGCGCAUGCUUAAGAGUUUUGGACAAAAGUUUACUUCUAAACUUAUUAGGAGUUUGGCCGAUCAUUAUGUGUGUGUGUGUGUCUCUUCACAGCACAAGCAUUACGCACUGCCGGUCCUAAUAGCUGCAACCGCCAUGCCUAGUGCUACACGAAAACGAACUGAGGUCAGCCAGCGUGUGGACGUUUACACGUCAGCUUGUAGGACGAUUCAAAAGGGCCUGCAAAGUUGUCAACUUCAGUGUACGCCGCGCCGGUUGUAGUGCCGCCCCUGGUAGGUCUUAAGCCCACCGCGCCUGUCCUAUGUCGGUUUUCUUGUAAGUACUUGCGUAAGAUCUGCUAAGCUUCAGGGUGAUCAGUGAGGCAGUUAGUUGUUGGGGGAUAUGAAAUUCACAGGCGUGGUUUAAGUCACUCGAUCUUCAUACUCUCUGUCUUAGGUGUCCGCUACUCUGAAUUCAAUAGUUUGGUCAGUCUUGCUCAUGUUGCGGUGUGAGGCAGCGUUUUCUGCGACCACUGGGGUGGGACAGGGUAGUGUACCCAUUCCCACAUUCGACAGCCUUAUGUUCUCCGUUAUGUUAAUGGACGCCUAUCGUAAGGAGCAGCAGGAAAUCAACAAAUGUUGCCGGAUCGGAGGACAACUGGUGUGCAAGAAUAUCCAGGUCCAUCAUCUACGACCUCCUUUUCACGGAGGUACAAUUCCGGAGAAUGUUAGGGUCGACGAUGAGAUAGCCCACCGGAUCUGCACAGCCAAUCAGGCCUUUAGUCAGCUAAAGGACUCAGUUUGGAAUCGCCGAGGAUUCUAACUUAACAAGAAACUAAGGAUCUACCGAGUCGUGAUCCUGACAACGCUGUUGUAUUGGCAGAAACCUGAACAGUGUGCGAAAACCAAGCGAGGAAGCCCAACCGCCUUCACCCUAUUUGUCUCCUGAUCUUAUUAAAUUUGAGGCGACAAGACAGGCACAAAAGUCUUAAGAACAUUUUUUCGCCCAGUUAUGCACCGCGUGCUCUGGUUGAGUUGCUUCUCAGUCAUCUUCCAAUAACGUUCCGUGAAUAAAACCAACAGGGAAAACCGAAUUAGGAAACAUAUACCAGAAAUAAAAUGUCCAUUGUCCACAGAAAUCUCCAAACCAGCAAAAAAAACGCGGUAUAUGUUUAGAUAUGCCUGCAUACACAAUCCACGAUAGUGUGAAGCCGCUAAGGUCGACGCGCGAUGUAGCGAGGGAUAAGUGCAUAGACGUUUUUGCCAAUUAAAACCCGAUAAUUAGUGAUGGUAGAUCAGCAGCGGGUGAGUACCCAAGAGAUGGUAAAAUUACUGAGGCAAACAGCGACGGCAAAAGAUUUAUAAAGCCUUAAAAUAACUGAAGAAAGCCCACUUCAGUCUCAUGGCGCGGUAUUUAGUCACCCAUACUACUGACCAGCGGUUAGAAAUAAAAACGCGCCGUCUACCUCAAUGACACACAGGAUUGAUCUGACUCUCAGGCUUGAUAGGCGGUUAUUUAAUCGUGAUUUCUGUCGGCAGUCGUCGAUAUUUCUUUAUUUUGAAAGACCAGCCAGACCGGUUUAGGACUCUUCGUCAUGCAACUGGCAUACCCGCUUUCCCAUAGGAAAUAAACAGCGUGCUGAUAUAGCUUCGUUCCCACAGUGCUACUGCCCACAAGCUAAGCCUCUUCCGCAGGUUAGCCUCAGGUGCCUCCAGUGUGCUUGCUACCUCAGCUGUGGGUGUGAAAUGUCCUGCAAUCAGAAUGGGAAAUGGGCCGGCAGGUGACUGGAUGAACAGUUGGUUUUAAAGUGCUUGCUUGCCGGCAAAUUCGGGUUUGCGUUUCAAGUUUGCACCCGAACUUGGAACACGGAAGACUGUCGACGAUGAACAACCCGAAGAUUACUCUUCUGGUCUUUUCUUAUCCGGUCCUUUUUGUGUAGACAUCACCUCCAAUUUUCACUGAAUGUUUUGAUAAGUUUGAAGUCACUUUUGUCUUACUGUACAUUGCGAUUUUCAGUCUGCUUCCGAAACACACACACUUAUAUCAGUUCCCUAAUGUCCGAUUUUUAGGUUUGGUGCAAACGUCAACUCCCACAGGCUGCUUUACAUACGGUCAUGUUCGAUGUCCAUUCACCCGAACGAUACAGGUGCAGUCAGUCUCUGAAUGUUGCCUUACCUUCAAACAACUAUUAUGACAUGCUUCCAGGUAUAGGCAUGAGUCGUACGAGCUUGAAGAGCUCACGUUUACAAACCUACCUAAUUCCGUCAGGCAGGUGUUUGGCUGCCCCGUCUAACCCCUUAGGUUCUUUGUCUAAUAUCUCUGUCGUUUUUUUCUAAAUCGAACUCUCAGCUGUUCUAUUAUCAUUUUUUAAUCCGACGCGUACUCUUAUACAAAUGUCAAAUGUUUGGACGAAUCAACUGACUUCUGAAGCUCGCCGGUGAGGAAUUUUUGGCCCUUAAAACAUGAACUCUUCGUACUGGUAGAGUAAGAAUGGGAAGUAACCUACGUCGGAGACUUAUCCUGACCGGAUACUUUGGUUUAAUGCUUAUGACGUUGUCCAUCAAUGCAAGCCUCCCUGUAUGAAAAGAAGAAUACGCUGUAUGCUCAUUGCUUGCAAAACCGAUAUCUGCAGCUCUAACUCACCAUAUAAUCUCAAGUGUCAGCAUACUCUCUGUUGGGCAGGAGGCAUUUCAAGCAAAGUCAUACGACAAGUCUUUAACCGGUCAUACUUUCUGUUCGUUUUUGCAGUUUCCAAAACGUCACUUUGUUAGUAAUAGGGUUGAGCUAACUCCGAGUGAGUUGGGCGACUGACUUGACCCAAAUACGACUGAACUCACCGGACUCAGUAGCUCGGGUGGUUUGAGCGUUGGCUGUACUCAUGCUCUGUCCUUCUUGCCGUAGAUUCUAACCCUACCGAGACCGCUGAAUUUUUCAGAAAUGGGUCAAAUGAGGAAAUGUUGAAGAAAAAAUCUAAUAUUUUGGCGGGCAUUUGCAUCUUGUCAUUUUAAUAAGCAUGUUUACCGCUUUCAAAGCUUACUCCUUUUGUAUGUACACAUGGUGUUAACUGGUAAAUCAUUGUUUACCUAAAUGCCAACGAUUAGUAUGCCGUCAAACUUUCUUUCUUUCCUGUUUUUUUUUCGUCACGUACUUAUUCACCAUAUGCACGCCAUAAAUGUUGUUAUCCUUUCAGAGUUAUUGGGACACUGUCAAAUUCGGAGGAUUUUGCGUCAACUUUUAUGUGUCCCAGAGGAUCCUACAUGAACCCUGAGCAUAAGUGCGUUUUGUGGUGA